GCUGGGCGUGCGUGCACGCGCGCGCCGGCGAAUGGUGUCGGGAGCGAGCACGCGCUUGCGUCAUUGCGGCCGUUGGAAGCAGUGACGACCAGACAGGGAUCCGGACAUGGCAUACGCGUACCUUUUCAAAUACAUUAUCAUCGGGGAUACCGGUAAGGAGCCGCUGGUCUUCUCUGUGUGCCGUGCGUCAGGCGCUGUCCGUGCGCGGCCUCUGCGGGCCGGUCCCGGGGGAUACGGGGCUGUGGCUGGGCUGCUGAGUCGGUGCGGGCGGGGCCGGCCGGUCCUUCCAUUUCCGCAGUGUUGGAGCCGUUGACGUGGUGGCUAUGCGCUGCGCCAGGCAGGGGCCGAUGGGGCAUACACUGCAAGGCCGCAACUCGGUCCUGAUGGGCAGAAUGAGGCCGUGUGUGCUCACAUUGUACAAUACAAACGGCAUCCCUGCCAGGCUGUACGUACAGCAACAGAGGGCAAUACAGCAUGAUAGCACAGUGCCAGGGAGUGCUGGGGGCAAUACAGCAUGAUAGCACAGUGCCAGGGAGUGCUGGGGGCAAUACAGCAUGAUAGCACAGUGCCAGGGCAGGGAGUGCUGGGGGCAAUACAGCAUGAUAGCACAGUGCCAGGGAGUGCUGGGGGCAAUACAGCAUGAUAGCACAGUGCCAGGGAGUGCUGGGGGCAAUACAGCAUGAUAGCACAGUGCCAGGGCAGGGAGUGCUGGGGGCAAUACAGCAUGAUAGCACAGUGCCAGGGCAGGGAGUGCUGGGGGCAAUACAGCAUGAUAGCACAGUGCCAGGGCAGGGAGUGCUGGGGGCAAUACAGCAUGAUAGCACAGUGCCAGGGCAGGGAGUGCUGGUUGCAAUACAGCGUGAUAGCACAGUGCCAGGGAGUGCUGGGGGUAAUACAGCAUGAUAGCACAGUGCCAGGCUGUACGUACAGCUACAGAGGGCAAUACAGCAUGAUAGCACAGUGCCAGGGAGUGCUGGGGGCAAUACAGCAUGAUAGCACAGUGCCAGGGAGUGCUGGGGGCAAUACAGCAUGAUAGCACAGUGCCAGGGAGUGUUGGGGGCAAUACAACAUGAUAGUACAGUGCCAGGGCAGGGAGUGCUGGGGGUAAUACAACAUGAUAAUACAGUGCCAGGGCAGGGAGUGCUGGGGGUAAUACAGCAUGAUAGCACAGUGCUGGGGGCAAUACAGCAUGAUAGUACAGUGCUAGGGAGUGCUGGGGGCAAUACAGCAUGAUAUUACAGUGCCAGGGCAGGGAGUGCUGGGGGUAAUACAGCAUGAUAGCACAGUGCUGGGGGUAAUACAUCAUGAUAGCACAGUGCUGGGGGCAAUACAGCAUGAUAGCACAGUGCUGGGGGCAAUACAGCAUGAUAGCACAGUGCUGGGGGCAAUACAGCAUGAUAGUACAGUGCCAGGGAGUGCUGGGGGCAAUACAGCAUGAUAGCACAGUGCCAGGGCAGCGAGUGCUGGGGGCAAUACAGCAUGAUAGCACAGUGCCAGGGCAGCGAGUGCUGGGGGCAAUACAGCAUGAUAGUACAGUGCAAGGGCAGGGAGUGCUGGGGGCAAUACAGCAUGAUAUCACAGUGCCAAGGCAGGGAGUGCUGGGGGUAAUACAGCAUGAUAGUACAGUGCAAGGGAGUGCUGGGGGCAAUACAGCAUGAUAUCACAGUGCCAAGGCAGGGAGUGCUGGGGGUAAUACAGCAUGAUAGUACAGUGCCAGGGCAGGGAGUGCUGGGGGUAAUACAGCAUGAUAGCACAGUGCCAGGGAGUGCUGGGGGCAAUACAGCAUGAUAUCACAGUGCCAAGGCAGGGAGUGCUGGGGGUAAUACAGCAUGAUAGCACAGUGCCAGGGAGUGCUGGGGUUAAUACAGCAUGAUAGCACAGUGCUGUGGGCAAUACAGCAUGAUAGCACAGUGCCAGGGAGUGCUGGGGCAAUACAGCAUGAUAGCACAGUGCCAGGGAGUGUUGGGGGCAAUACAGCAUGAUAGUACAGUGCCAGGCCAGGGAGUGUUGGGGGCAAUACAGCAUGAUAGUACAGUGCCAGGCCAGGGAGUGUUGGGGGCAAUACAGCAUGAUAGUACAGUGCCAGGGCAGGGAGUGCUGGGGGCAAUACAGCAUGAUAGCACAGUGCCAGGGCAGGGAGUGCUGGGGGUAAUACAGCAUAAUAGUACAGUGCCAGGGAGUGCUGGGGGCAAUACAGCAUGAUAGCACAGUGCCAGGGCAGGGAGUGCUGGGGGCAAUACAGCGUGAUAGUACAGUGCCAGGGAGUGCUGGGGGCAAUACAGCGUGAUAGCGCAGUGCCAGGGCAGGGAGUGCUGGGGGCAAUACAGCAUGAUAGCACAGUGCCAGGGAGUGCAGGGGGCAAUACAGCAUGAUAGCACAGUGCCAGGGAGUGCUGGGGGCAAUACAGCAUGAUAGUACAGUGCCAGGCUGUACGUACAGCAACAGAGGGCAAUACAGCAUGAUAGCACAGUGCUGGGGGCAAUACAGCAUGAUAUCACAGUGCCAAGGGAGGGAGUGCUGGGGGUAAUACAGCAUGAUAGCACAGUGCCAGGGAGUGCUGGGGGCAAUACAGCAUGAUAGUAUAGUGCCAGGGCAGGGAGUGCUGGGGGUAAUACAGCAUGAUAGCACAGUGCUGGGGGCAAUACAGCAUGAUAGUACAGUGCCAGGGAGUGCUGGUUGCAAUACAGCAUGAUAGCACAGUGCCAGGCUGUACGUACAGCAACAGAGGGCAAUACAGCAUGAUAGCACAGUGCCAGGGCAGGGAGUGCUGGGGGUAACACAGCAUAAUAGUACAGUGCUGGGGGCAAUACAGCAUGAUAGCACAGUGCCAGGGCAGGGAGUGCUGUGGGCAAUGCAGCAUGAUAGUACAGUGCCAGGGAGGGCUGGGGGCAAUACAGCACGAUAGCACAGUGCCAGGGCAGGGAGUGCUGUGGGCAAUACAGCAUGAUAGCACAGUGCCAGGGCGCAAUACAGCAUGAUAGCACAGUGCCAGGGAGGGCUGGGGGCAAUACAGCACGAUAGCACAGUGCCAGGGAGGGCUGGGGGCAAUACAGCACGAUAGCACAGUGCCAGGGCAGGGAGUGCUGUGGGCAAUACAGCAUGAUAGCACAGUGCCAGGGCGCAAUACAGCAUGAUAGCACAGUGCCAGGGAAUGCUGGAGGCAAUACAGCAUCAUAACCUAGGGCUGGAGGCAAUACGGCAUCAUAACGUAGGGCUGGAGGCAAUACGGCAUCAUAACGUAGGGCUGGAGGCAAUACGGCAUCAUAACGUAGGGCUGGAGGCAAUACGGCAUCAUAACGUAGGGCUGGAGGCAAUACGGCAUCAUAACGUAGGGCUGGAGGCAAUACGGCAUCAUAACAUAGGGCUGGAGGCAAUACGGCAUCAUAACGUAGGGCUGGAGGCAAUACGGCAUCAUAACGUAGGGCUGGAGGCAAUACGGCAUCAUAACGUAGGGCUGGAGGCAAUACGGCAUCAUAACGUAGGGCUGGAGGCAAUACGGCAUCAUAACAUAGGGCUGGAGGCAAUACGGCAUCAUAACAUAGGGCUGGAGGCAAUACGGCAUCAUAACGUAGGGCUGGGGACAAUACAGCAUCAUAACACAGGGAGCGCUGGGGGCAAUACAGCAUCAUAACACAGGGAGCGCUGGGGGCAAUACAGCAUCAUAACACAGGGAGCGCUGGGGGCAAUACAGCAUCAUAACACAGGGAGCGCUGGGGGCAAUACAGCAUCAUAACACAGGGAGCGCUGGGGGCAAUACAGCAUCAUAACACAGGGCUUGGUCUAGGGGCAAUACAGCAUCAUAACACAGGGCUUGGUCUAGGGGCAAUACAGCAUCAUAACACAGGGCUUGGUCUAGGGGCAAUACAGCAUCAUAACACAGGGCUUGGUCUAGGGGCCAUACAGCAUCAUAACACAGGGCUGGGUCUAGGGGCCAUACAGCAUCAUAACACAGGGCUGGGUCUAGGGGCCAUACAGCAUCAUAACACAGGGCUGGGUCUAGGGGCCAUACAGCAUCAUAACACAGGGCUUGGUCUAGGGGCCAUACAGCAUCAUAACACAGGAAGCGCUGGGGGCCAUACAGCAUCAUAACACAGGGUUAGGGCUGUGUGCCAUACAGCAUCGUAACACAGGGACGCUGGGGGCAAUACAGCAUCAUAACACAGGGCAUGGGUUGCUAGGAGUAAUACAGCAUGGGACACAGGGCAGGGGUUUUUGAGGGCAAUACAGCAUAGUUCAAGGGCACAGGGCAGGGGGAACUUGGGUCAAUACAGCAUGAGACAUGGCACAUCCCUUGCCAACCUCCUAGCUCUCUCCCUCCAGAUGUAGGCUUUGGUUUAUGUGAUACCCGGCUCGAUUUCAUAGGGACCUCUGUAAACAACUGUAGUUCCAGCAUGUGGCCAUCUGUGUACUAGGGCGAGUAUUUCAAGAAUGACUCAUAGUAUGUUCUGUAUUGGAGGGAGUCAGCUGCUUUUUGUAAAGUAAAAGAAAGGCUAUUGAUGACUGAGUCCCAAGAUGCUGGAAGGAUUGUGGAAAAGGUAGUGUCCAUGGCAUGAGUAGAUUUUGGUAAAGAGGUACUAGGCCUUUGAAACCUUUGUUGAUGCUGAGUGCAUGGAUGGCUUCCAUACACCAUCACAUUUAAAUACCAUGUAUCACAACAUAACAUUAGUGAUUUAUUCUCACUCAGUCUUUUAAAUAUGGUAGACAACAAUUCUCCAUUGUGUGAGUGUUUAGACAUAACUAGCAUGGGAGAACAAUCUUAAUUACCUAUUUCCAGUGAUGGUUAACAUGAGAAAACAGUAUUCUUGGUGUAUUUGUAUGUUAGGUAUCUCCAAAAAUAUAUAAUAUAGAUCCAUAAAAGAGCAGUAUCGUUAGUACCCGUUUCCAUAUGUUCAGUUUUUAUAUAGGCUUGCCAGAUUCAUGAUUUAUUGGAUAGUUACCACUACAUAGUGGUGGAUUGUAGAUUUAAGUGCUGCAGAAGUCAUUAAUACUUUGGAAUUCUAAAGUGUAUGCAUUUUGCCUGUUGCAGAAGUUUACUUGUUUUGUCAGUCAUCGUGAAGUGAUAGAUGUUUGGGAAUACCUAGUGGAUCUAACAACCCUGUUUGUAUAUUAGUUUACUGAAGGCAAACACACAGAUUUCAGUAGAUACGGCAUAGACAUUUGGCUCUGUUUACAACAAUCAGGAUGCAAUUUCUAAAUUGGCAAUUUUAAAGUGGUAUUCUAAGGUCAAGAACCAUGACCACUACAGCUCCUUGUCCUACAUAUAGCGCAAAUAGUUCUUGGACACUUUUUUUCUUUUUUUUUCUUAACACCAGAAUUUCUAUACAAAACCAAGGGGUACAACAUGGUGCCUUUGCUGCAGCAUUAAAAAAAAUAACUUCUCUAACAAAAAAAGGACCUAACUUUCUCUUGAUAACAAGACAUGUAGCCUUCCAAAGUUAGACAAGAUAAUGCAGUUCGCUUUCAUAUUGGCCAAGCCACAGAAGAGGGGCUCGGCUGUAUGCACCUAGAAAAGCCAAGGUAUUAGAUGACACAAGAGGGGUUGGGGGUGCAGUUGUAAACACAGAUUCUGUGCAUUAUGGUAGUGGUUAUUGUGCUUGCAGUGUCCUUUUAAUAUUCUAGAAAAACUAAAAUGGCUUAAAGGGAUACUGUAAGCACCCAGACCACUUCAGCUAAUUGAAGUGGUCUGGGUGCUUUGCCCCUAUUGCACUUAGUGUUGCAAUGUAAAACAUUGCAGUUCCAGAGAACUACAAUGUUUCCAUUGCAGCUUUAAGUCUGCCCACAGUGGUUGUCUAUCAGACAGUCACUGGGGCUGAUCCGGUAUCUAAACGGACGUUUGAUGUGUUAUCUGAUGCUGGACGUCCUCACGCUCUACAUGAGGACCUCCAGCGUCAGAUUUUGCACAUUGUGGGAGAAUUUAAUAAUACUUUCCCAUGGGGAGGUCUAAUAUGUCGCGCAUGCGCAUUUGGUCUCCCCCUGGAUGCGGAGCCAGAAGACAUCGGCACUGCAUUCAGGAAAGGGGUUUUAACCCGGGAGGGGGGUCCUGUUAAAUCUAUAGUGCCAGGAAAAUGGCUUUGUUUUCCUGGCACUAGAGGAUCCCUUUAAAGGGCACCUGUAGUAAACAACUUUAGUUCUUUAACCCCUCAAGGAUGCAUGAUGGACCCAGUCCAUCAUGCUGGGGAAGCACUUAAUGACACCCGUCAUGCGCUAAAAUUAACCCCAGAUUGCUGGGAUCACGGGGUUGAUGCUCCUCCCUGCAGCUGUGAUCGCUCUGACAGGCUUUCAGAGCGAGCACAUGUGCUGCAGGGACUUCUGAACCGCCUCCCUGCUCUUCUCCGUGAAGUGCAGGGAGACGGAUCAGUGAUGAUCCUCUUCACCCUGUAAAAAAAUAAAUAAAAAAAAAUUCAAGUUAAAUCCCACCCCUCCUUUCCCCUGCUUUAAUAAAAUGAACACCUUCCCUGCCCGUGAUCAAUUGGCAGGGACUACAUUUUACUGUGAUCAGAUUUUUUAUUUUUUUUUAAAACCCUCGAGGGUUAAGUUUUAUUUUGUUGAACCCUCAGAGUUUAAAUUUAUUUUAUUAACUAAUUUAAAUAUUUUAAAAUUAUAUAUUUAGCUAGCUGUGGUGGGUGGAAGUUAGUGGGGAAUUGGGUGUUAGGCUAGCUAGGGGUUAACGUUAAAGUUGGUUUAAAAAAAAAAGCUUUAAAAAGUAAAAAAAAGUUUUAAAAAAUGUUUUAAUAACUUUUAAAAUAAAGGUAAAAAUAAAUCCCACCCCCUUUACCAAGUCCUAAUAAAAAUUAACCCCUUCCCUUCCAGUUGAUCACUGCCAGUAUUAUACUGUGAUCUGAAGAAUAGAAAAGAAAAAACACAAAAAAUUACAAAUAUACCUAACCCACCAAAUGAUAGAAAUAGGCAAAAGUACUUAACUGUGGUGUGAAAUAGGUACAGCUUUCCAAGAGGUUUCCCCCAAACGGACCUCAAAUACAAAUAUGCGAAUAAACAAAAAUGGAAUACAGCUGAAUAACUAAAAAACAAAAAAAUACAUAACACAUAGUGAAGUACAGUAAUUGCAAUUGGAUAUAACCCCAAUGAUUGCACUCACAAAAUAGUGUAGAGUAAUGCGCCUUUAAGCCCACAAUGGGGCUGGAGAAGCGUUCACCUUCCACGGAUAGGAACUUCUGUCUUCUAAUGAAGUGGGAAUACGCCAAUUUAAAUAAAAAUAUUUUUAUUGAGGCAAUACAAAGCCUUAGUAAAAAAUUGAAUAAAAGUAAAUAAAAUUUACAUUUUAUUUACUUUUAUUCAAUUUUUUACUAAGGCUCCACACGGCUGACAUCGGAGGGGGAGGAGAGGUCACCAGCGCUGAGGGAGCCUGGCGCUGGAUUAAGGUAAGUGGCUUGAAGGGGUUUUAACCACUUCAGCCCAGCAGGAGGGGGGCCCUAAAGGUGGGAGGGGCCCAAGGACUAUAUAGUGCUAGGAAAACAAGUUUUUUUUCCUGGCACUACAGUGGUCCUUUAAAAGAUGCUCAUUACCACUACACCUGGAACAAACUGGCGAAAAAAUUAUCCUACGCUAAGGUUCAAAAUCUGCAUUUUGAAUUACCCCGGGGUGUUUUCUUUAAUAAAUAAGUAUGUGUUUGUGGGGUAGUUUGAAUAACCAACCAGCUAAACUACUCCGAUGGGAUGUCUUCCACCAUAGUAUGCCUUUAUGGUGUAGCUGGAAUAUGUAGCCUGCUCAAGUGGGACACGAAUGCAUCAAAACCCUCCAUGAAAAUUCACACUUAAAAACCUGAACUUUUACAGCACUGUAACUUCACAAAAUAGUGUAGUCUAGGUCAUACAUUGGGCAUAUUGUUUUACUCAGAAGACGUAACUGAGCACAAUUUGAGGGAUUUUAUGACAGUGGUACAUAUCAAGUGUAAGAAAUAUGUAAAAAUGCAAUUUUUUUCCCCCUCACCACAAAUAUUGACAUAAAUUAGUGAAGCAAUAGUGACUCUGUCUGUCUGUAUGUCUAUGAGUGAGUGUGUCUUCCCUCCAAUCACAUGGGAAAGGUUUUUUUAAUCACCUUUUUUUCCCCCACGCCGUGCUGAUGAUGCUGUGGCUGGCCCCACCUCCGUGGCUGAAAUUAUCAAUCUUGACGAUCUCAGCCAAUCCAAUGCUUCCCCAUAGGAAAGCAUUGGAAGACUAUUGCGCAUGCACAACAAAAUGCCACUGCACCAAUUUAACUUCUUAUAGAGUUGCAUUGAAUCAAUUCAUCUCUAUAGGGAACAUUGACGUAGGUGCUGCACAUUGUGAAGCACUGACCCAGGAAGCACCUCUAGAGGCCGUCUGAGUGACAAUCGCUAGAGGUGUUACUAGGCAGCAAUGUAAACACUGCCAUUUGUCUGAAAAGUCAGUGUUUACAUUGAAAAGCAUUCAGGGACAGACUUUCAGGGACAUAUAGACUUAAGAACAACUGCAUUAUGCUGUAGUUGUUCUGGUGACUAUAGUGUCCCUUUAAUAAUUUUAUUUUUGGCGUUGAUUUCAAAGGCUCCUAGAUUCCAAGCAAAUUUAUCAAGCCCUGGUAAAAUGUAUUACAUCAAUGAUAUAAUCAGUAAAAAUGCAGUUUUUUUGCAUUUUUCACACACAAAUGGCACUUACACUGACGAUAUAAUUGUUGUGAAACGUUGUACGGUUUUGAAACACUAAUAUUUGUGUUCAGCGAAGUCUCCUGAGUAUCCAGAGUCAAAUAUAAGGCUUGUGUUUCAGUUUUUUCACAUUGAAAUUCGCCAGAUUGGUUACGUUGCCUUUGAGACCGUAUGGUAGCCCAGGAAUGAGAAUUACCCCCAUGAUGACAUGCCAUUUGCAAAAGUAGACAACUAAAGUUAUUGCAAAUGGGGUAUGUCUAGUCUUUUUUAGUAGCCACUUAGUCACAAACACUGGCCAAAGUUAGCAUUAACAGUUACAAAGGGACUCUCCAGUGCCAGGAAAACAUAUACGUUUUCCUGUCACUGCAGGACCCUGCAGUGCCCCUCUCCCUCCAAUCCCCCAUCCUAUGUUGCUGAAGGGGUUAAAAUCCCUUCAGUGACUUACCUAAAUCCAGCGCCAAUGUCCCUCGGUACUGGAUCAGGCUCUGACCAUGCUCCUCCCCAGCCAACAUCAGCCGUCAGGGGAGAUCUAAUGCGCAUGCGCGCGCAUUAGACCUCCCCAAACAUUGAAUGCUUUCCUAUGGGGAUUCCGGCGACGCUGGAGGUCCUCAUGUAUUGCGUAGUUUAAGAACACGGAAGUCCCUCUAGUGACUGUCUGAUUAGACAGCCACCAGAGGAGGACUCAACCCUGCAAGGUAAUUAUUACAGUUUAUAAAAACGGCAAUAAUUACACUUGCAGGGUUAAGGGUGGUGGGAGUUGGCACCCAGACCACUCCAAUGGGCAGAAGUGGUCUGGGUGCCAGGAGUGUCCCUUUAACGUGGGAGGGAGGGUGGGGCAGAUCUAAAGUUGUUUUUUAACACUAGUUGUAUUCCUGACACGAUAGUGUUCCUUUAAGUUUUUGUAUGGUUACUGAGAAUGAAAAUACCAUACCAUAUGAAACCACAGGUAUUGCAAAAUUACAUUUCCCAACAUUUCUCCUCCCCUCCCCCCAUACUUAGGGGCUGUGCCAUGUUAGUCUACACAUCAUUGGUAAAUAGGAGUACAAAACAGAAGUUUUGAAAGAUGAAUGCAGUUUCUAAAAAGUAGAAAUGUAAUGAACAUAGUUUGGCCAGACUAAAUAAAUAGUGUAUGGACAAAAGUGAAUAGAAAAUUUUCAAUGCUUUCUAGAUUUGGAUGAAUAUAGUAUUUAGAAUACCAACUAAGGCACAUGGUUGAGGCACCCCAGUGCUCAAAACACACUUUUAUUGGAACAAGGUGAACACCGCAACAUUUGACCAUAGGAGCCAAGUAAUGGUUCUGUGUAAAUAUUUCACAUUAGCAUUGUUUUUGGUAGCAGCACUGAUUGUUUUACCCUAUAGCAGUUCUUCAAUUAAAGGAGCACUAUAGGGUCAGGAACACAAACAUGAGCCCCUCAUGCCUCUCUAAAUAUAGAAAUCUUGUAUUCAAGUCUGGAGCUGCUGGUUCUGUCCCUGUUUAGACCUGCCCACUGCCUGCUGAUAUCAGCAGAAGUGGUAGCCUGAUCCAAUCACAAUGCUUCCCCAUAAGAUUGGCUGAGACUGACAAGGAGGCAGACCAGGGGCAGAACCAGCAUGAUUCAAACACAGCCCUGGCCAAUCCGCAUCUCCUCAUAGAGAUGAAUUAAAUCAGUGCAUUUCUUUGAGGAAAGUUCAAUGUCUGCAUGCAGAGGGAGGAGACACUGAAUGAAUGGAUGCAUUUUAGGCAGCCAUGACCCAGGAUGGAUCUCUAACAGCCAUCUGAGGAGUGGCCAGUGAAGUUAUCACUAGGCUGUAAUGUAAACACUGCAUUUUCUCGGAAAAUACAGGGUUAACCGCAAAAGGCAGAAGGUAAUGAUUCUACUCACCAGAACAAAUUCAAUAAGCUGUAGUUGUUCUGGUGGCUAUAGUGUCAUUUUAAUCUAAGCAUUAAAUUGAGUAAAUAACAGUAUCAGGGAGUCCACUGACGCAUACAUAUUCGCACAACUGAGUUUCACAAAAAUAAUUUAUGUAUGUUUAAAAAAUAUAUUUAUUUGUGGUCGAAGACAAAUGUAGCAUGAGGCUUUACUACCCAACAUUUCAAACGGACGAAGAGGGACACUUUAAUUGUAGGUGUGUGGCUAGGGCUGUCUUGAGAAAGUUUUGGUAAUUACAUUUAUGCAAUGUAAUUUGGAAUAUUGGUGUGUUUUACUUACAAAGGCUGAUUACUAAACACAGUUAUUGAAGAUUAAAAACAUUACUGCAAGGCUUGACAAAUUUUGGGCGCCAGGUCAUCAUAACGACUAGGACUUUUUCUUGACGCCUGUGUGUUUGUCAGCUCCCGAGGCGGCCAGCCAAGAGAGAGUACGGCAGGCAGCCAGAGGAGGUGUGAUCCUAAACUGUGAUCUUCUUGCUCAGUUCCCUCGUGCGCCGUUUUGUGAUGGUGGGACAUAUUCUACUAGGGAGUGAAGCAGAGCAGGACCAGUAAGGUGACAACAGCUCCACUGGACCCCAGGGAAAGGAGGCUGGGAGGACUUAAAUGUAAAUAAAACUAAACAAAUAAUGUGUGAGUAUUUAUAUCUGAGUGUGUCUGUCGUUGAGUGUGUCUGUUUAGGUUACUUGCCCCCCACCAAUAGCACGGGAAAGGUGUUUAAACGCACUUUUUUUCCUGACAUAUGGUGGCAGUACAAUAGGGAUGUACUCUUCCCUCGGGACAAGCAUCUGAAAUAAUUAACAUAAAAAGUACCUCCCCUUACCAGGUAUAAGAGACCCAACCAGCCCAGGGACCUCCGUUCUCUUUCUUGUUCCAACAGGAACAGACGGCAUCUAGAAUGUGGAUGGUGAGGCACAUGGGUUGCUGCCAGGGGGAUCCGGUCUGAUAGCCUCCCGGGUGGAGAGCUGAAUGGCCAGAAAACAUCCUGCAGAUUACGGAGUAGGUAUGUAAGCCUGCUUUUAUGCCGAGUGCAGUCACCGGCAAAGCAGGGAGGCGGUCUCUAGUGGCAGCAAAUCACUGCCCGUUGGAGACGCAUGCGCACGGCGGUGGAACGCACGCGGGUUGGUUUUGCGUUCCACUGGAGUUCUGACUACACAUGCGCGGUCUGAACUCCCUGAAAUGGCGCCAAAUUUAAAGCGGAUCUGCCUAUUUAUGCUGUGCAGAUCUUUGUCCGCAUGGAUGCUCGGCAGUGAAGGUCUCCCGUGUCACCAGCCCCCCCCCACACGGAUCAGAGGUUUUAGAGGUUUGAUUCUUUAGACUCUCAUCUUUAAAACUUUUUUUUUUUUUUUUUUUAUUGUUUCUACAAAAUGAUUUAUUGCAUAUGUAUUACAGAUAUGUCUAGUCCUGUCUCUACUGAUAAUAUGGAUAAAGACAAAGUACCUUCUCCUGCUUCUAAAAAAGCCAGUUCCAAAGCUAAACAUCUCUAUUGUAGUGAAUGCUCUACUCCUUUACCAGAUGGUUUUAAAAGGAAAGUCUGUAAUGUUUGCUCUUCCUUGACACUAGAAAAAUCCAAGCAACAAGAGAUGAAAUCCUUUUUAUCUUGGUUUCAGGAUAAUCUGGCCCAGACUUUUGAGUCUUUUAAAGAUCCUGCUCAAACUUCUCCUGUAAAAGCUACUAAACAGAAGUCUAAAAGGAGAGAACUCCAUCUAGUUCAGAACUAUCCUCAGGUGAAUGUUCUUUUUCUUAUUCAGAAUCCUGUAGCGACUCUUCUAUUACUGAGGUUGGUUUUCCUCAUGAUGAGUUGAGAAAAUGUAUUAAUGUUAUCCUUUCUGAUGAAACGGUAGAUAAAUCCAAGGGUAAAACACUUCCAGUCCAACAAAAAAUGCUGGAUUUAAUAUUCAGAGAAUGGAAGAACCCUGAGAAAAGGGCUUUUGUCUCCAGACAUUUUUAAAGUAUUGUUAAAAUAGAGGAGGAAGAUAAAUGGGAAGAAUUGCCGGUGGUUGAUGUACAAGUGGCUUAAUUGUCUUAAAAAAAAAAAAAAAACUACCAUUCAUAUUGGUGAAGUUUCUGGUCUGAAAGACCCUAUGGAUAAGAGAGCUGAAAUUUCCAGCAGAAGGGCUUAUCAGGCUGCAGGUUUUCAGGCUAAAGCAGCAUUAGCCGGGGCUUCAGUGGUGAGAGCUCAGAAUCUUUGGCUUAACAAUUUGGAAGAUGGUCUGAGUGAUAACCAAGACAAAGGUCUUUCCCUCCUGUUCCAGAAUUUAAGGUUGUCUAAUGAGUACCUUAUGGAUAUUGUCACGGAGGUGAUAAAGCUUUCGGCUCGUGUCAUGGGUUUGACAUCUGUGGCCCGAAGGGCACUGUGGCUUAAAGCCUGGACAGCAGACACUGCAUCAAAAUCUGCAGUAUGUGAACUGCCUUUGGAGAAGAAAAAGUUGUUUGGUUCUCCUUUAGAAGUGUUAAUCCGACAAAUGUCGGAAACCAAAAAGGCCCUGCCUCAAGACAGGAAAUAUGCCUGGAAACCCAGGUAUAGAAAUUUCCCGUUCAAAUACCAUAGGGGUUUUCAAGAAAAACAUAGGUUUUUUUCUUCAACAAAGGAAAAAUCCAAUAUUUGACACACAAAAAGACCCUAUGUCUGACAGAAACAAACGUUUCUGACGCCAUCAGAGUGGGCGGAAGGUUGCAAGGUUUUGUUCACAGAUGGAGGGAGACCACUGAAAAUCCCUGGAUUCUGAAUCUGGUUCAAAAUGGAUCCCGAGUAUCCUUGUCUCCUCCUACCGGUCAAAGUUUAAAAACCAAGCCUUUUUUUCUGCCAUGGUCUCCCUAUUAAGAGAAGGUGUGGUAGAAAGGAUUCCAACUUCCCAAGUAUAUCAAGGGGUAUACUCCAGGUUGUUCCUAGUCCCAAAACCGCACAUGUCUUUUCGUCCAAUCUUGGAUCUAUAAAACCUGAACAAACUCAUUCCUUACCAACAUUUCAGAAUUGAGACUAUAACGUCUGUCACCCAUAUCCUUCGAAAAGGAGAUUUCAUGGCAACUUUGGAUCUAAAGGAUGCCUACCUGCAUAUUUCUAUGAAUGUGAAAUCAAGAAAGGAUAUAUGGAAAUGGAAAAAGGUCCAUCAUUUCCAUUUUAAAGCCCUUCCAUUCGGGCUAGCUUCAGCACCCGGGAUUUUUACAAAGGUCCUCACACCUGUCACAGCUUUUUAAAGGAUCCAAUCACAGUAGUACCUUACUUGGACGACUGGUUAAUAAAGGCAGAUUCAAGAGGCGCUCUAGAGUCAGAUGUGGCCUAUACGCUAGAAAUCCUGGAAGAACAUGGUUGGAUUGUCAACCUAGAAAAAUCACACCUUACUCCUACGAGGUCUAUCCUGUUUCUAGGGUUUUUGAUCAAGUCAGAGACUCUGUCGGUUCAUCUAACAAGAGAAAAGAGAAAAAAGAUAAAGGUUUUAAUAAAAAACCUUCUCCGGAUGUCAGAAUGUUCGGUGAGGAAAGCCAUGCAGGUGUCAUCUGACCUCUACAAUUCCGGCAGUAAAAUGGGCCAGGGCGGAAUCAAGGCCCUUACAGUGGGAAAUUCUUGUCCAAAGACUUGGAUGCUUUAAUGAGUAUAUCAGAUCAUACAAAAGAAAAGAUCUCUUGGUGGCUAGAGGAAAAAUUAAUUACAGAAGGCCUGUCUUUUCGUCAAAAAUCUUGGAUUGUGAUUUCUACAGACGCUUCAAAUACAGGUUUGGGAGCUCACCUCCUGUAUCACGUGUUUGGUCAAAAAAGGAAACAAAGGAAUCUUCAAAUUUCAGGGAGUUGUUGGCAGUUCUCUAUGCUCUUCAGCAGUUCAAGGAUUUCAUUAUAGGAAAAGCUGUAAAGAUCCAGUCGGACAAUCAGACUACAGUCUCCUACUUAAACAAACAAGGCGGUACAAGAGUAAAUUGGAUUAUGUCCUGGGCUCAAAGUCAUCUAGCCGACAUUUCCGACAUUUACAUUUGAGGAGUAGACAACGUGGUAGCGGACGAUUUAAGCAGAUAAAAAUGGUCCCAGAACGAGUGGUCUCUCAAUCCAGACAUUUUCGCUAAUCUGGUGAAGAGAUUUGUCUGCCAGUCAUAGACCUUAUGGCAAGAAGAUCAAAUGCAAAAGUAAGAUCGUUUGCAUCCCUCUUCAAGGUAGACAAGCCGCUGGUGAUGGAUGGUCUUUCCAUCCCGUGGGAGUUUCCCCUUGUUUACAUUUUUCCCCCAGUGAGCCUUGUCCCAAGGAUUCUGCAAUAGGUAGCAUCAGAUCAAGCUCGUAUUCUGGCCAUAAUACCGUACUGGCCAAACCGCAGCUGGUUCUCGGUUUUAAAGAAUAUGGCUUUAAAGUACUGGAUUCUCCCGGUAACACCGGCUAAUUCUACAUAAUAGGGGCAUUAAAGAAGAGAGGUUUCAGUUACUGUUAAAUUCUACCAGAAGCUCUACUUCUUCUAUCUACUUAAAAAUUUGGACUAGAUUUCUUCACUGGUGCAUAUCUCAUCGUUGCAUAGGAUCCUCUCCUCCUACUGAUACUGUCCUUAAUUUUUUUGCAAGAUGGUCUUGCUCAAGGUUUUAGUCUGUCUACCCUCAAAGUCCAAGUUUCCACUCUGUCAUUUUUUGGUAAAAAAAUUGGGCUUCUGAUCCUCUCAUUAGAUUUUUUUUUUUAAAGCUGUUAGACUCGUAAAGCCUCCUAAGGAAAUCUGUUUUCCCUCUUGGGAUUUGUCUUUAGUUUUGAAAUCUCUGUGUACUGAGCCUUUCAAACCUUUGGAAGAAGCUUCAUUGAAGAAUCUGUCCCUGAAAACCAUGUUUUUGGUGGCCAUUACUUCGGCUAAGAGGAUAAGGGAACUCCAGGCCCUUUCUUCCUCUCCUGCCUUUACAAAACUUCUUCCGGAUAAAGUGGUUAUGUACCCUAAGCCUUCCUUUCUUCCUAAAGUCAUCUCCUCCAAGGUUAUAAACCAACCUAAUUUUCUUCCUUCCUUUAAUGGUCCAUCUAUGUCAGAUUGGAAAUUUGAUUGGAGCCAACUAGAUGUGGGUAGGUCUCUGAAAAUCUACUUGGACCGCUCCUCUACAUAUAGGAUGACUGAUCAUCUAUUCGUGAAUUUCUUUGGAAAAUUUAAAGGCCAAGUUGCCUCCAAGGCCACUUUAGUUGGUGGAUACUAUUAAAUUGGCUUAUUCUUCUUCGAAUCUACCUCUGCCUGCCUCCUUGAAAGCACAUUCUAUUAGAGCCAUGGCUGCCUCUUGGGCCGAAAAAGCGUGUGCCUCUCCAGAAGAUAUAUGCAAGGCGGCUACCGGCCUUCUUUCAACACUUUUGUCAAGCAUUACAGGCUAGACGUAUUCUCUGACGCUGAUUUUGAUCACAAGGUGUUACAAGCUGUUAUUGACUAACUUCCCGCCCUUAGUAUGGGAUCUCGAUAUAUCACUAUUGUACUGCCACCAUAUGUCAGGAAAAACUGUAAUUUUACUCACCGUAAAUUCCUUUUUCCCUAAUAUGGUGGCACUACAUCACUCCCUCCCUUUAUGUAUAUAUAUCAUAUUUGGGUUUUCUAUGAAUUCCCUGAGGUGUUCUUGGUAUGUACUGAGGUCCCUGGGCUGGUUGGGUCUCUUAUACCUGGUAAGGGGAGGUACUUUUUCUGUUAAUUAUUUCAGAUACUUGUCCCGAGGGAAGAGUACAUCCCUAUUGUACUGCCACCAUAUUAAGGAAAAAGGAAUUUAUGGUGAGUAAAAUUACAGUUUUCCAAUGCUGCGACUGGCAUUGGUUGAGAUUAUAAAUAAUGAUGAUGACAGCCAAUCCAAUGCUUUUCCAUAGGAAAGCAUCAAGAGGUUAUUGUACAUGCACAGCAAAAAGCUGUACAGGGCCAAUCCGCAUCCCUUGAAACAAUGCACUAGAGGUGUUACUAGGCAGGAAUAUAAACAUGGCCUUUACUUUAAAAAGGUAGGGUUCACCUUGAAAAAACCUACAGGGGCAGGCUGUAGACACCAUAACCAGUACAUUAAGCUGUAGUAGUUCUGUGACUAUAGUGUCCUUUUAAAGAGAAGUCUGCAAUCUUAAUUUUUACCGUUUUAAAGUAUAUGCAGUUGUCUUCCCAAAGCAGACAUUACUGGUUAAACUAGUUAUUUACUACACAAACAACAUGGAAAGCCAUCUGAACAAGAUGUAAUCCACGCUUUAUUGUUUAUUGUUUCUUAUAUACACAUUUAUUGUUUCUUAUAUACUCAUUUUCCCACAAGGUUACCACCCACGUGGACCUUGUGGUACACAGGACACAAAGUUACAACAGCCAAUCAACACAGUACAGUACAGUCAGACACUCCCAGGCUCUGGGUCAACUCUCCACCUCCUUCUACAUCACCCAAACAAUGUUUUGCUGGAUGUCCUCAUGGAGAGUGUGAGUAUGUCCAGCAUCAGUUAGGCAAUCCCUCCCCUCUGCCUGUGAUGUAAUUACUAAACACAAUGGGCUAACUUAAUUAUCACAGGCAGAAAAUAUACAGUUUUACCCGAAACACCUCAAAACAACAACAUACCCCCAUAAAUUAUACAUCCCUGGAUAGUCCUGAUCUGGGUGAACAACAUAUCCAAAAAUCAGAAAGUGGGGAUUGGAGGGGGUAAAUCAGAAAAGAGAAACCCCACUACAAAACACCCUUUUCAGUAGAGCGCUAGAAAGUACUUACCCCUAAUCUGGGGGUGACAGGUGAUUACAAUAUUGAUAAAUAUGUAAAAAAGAAAGAAAAUAUAUAUCCAAUGGUGAUGAAUGUUAAGUAAAGUACAUGGAGCGUGAAAAGUUGCAAUUCAAACUCACAAGUAAAGAGCCAAGUGUAGGACUGACUCAGAUCUCAUAGGUAGUGGUGUAUAUGGGGAAACACCUUCCCUCUUUGUUUUCUUUCUUGAGUACUCAAAAAGACAUAAAAGGAAAUAUCUUCCUGGUGAAUUAUGUAGGAUCAGAUAACAUACAUAUAGAUAUACCAAAUAGUAUCUUGCUCACUUUUUCCAGAGCCUAGUGAACCUGGCUCUGGGUAAAAUCAGCUUGUUACCCACUAGGGGGGGUACACCUUCCUUUGAGGUAGAUGGAGGUAGCAGCAAAAUGUAUUUAAAAGAUCCAAUUGAUCAAUUUAUUAUAUUGAUCAAUUUAUUAUAAUGCUUGAAAAAAUAAUUAUAUGCAUAAAUCUUAGAACAAUAAAAAACAAUUCUUAUGAUGCAGACCUCUUCGAGACGCGUUUCGCCCGUCCACGUCUUCAAUCGAAGAAGCGCUCAAUAUGUCAGAGAAGCGCUCAGAUCUCACGAAUACAAUAGCAGGGGUUAAACAAUAGCAGGGAGGAAUAAAGCAGCCAGUUUCAACUGGUCUGGCAGUGUCCCUGGGACGACGCCGUGCUGGAGGACAAUGGGACAGGAAAAAGGGGGAGGGGAAGAGGCACAUUCUCCCAUGGAAUCAAAGGGGCAGAAAAAGUGUUUCAAAAUCCAAUAAGCCCAAAUAGACUUUUUAAAUGGCAAUACACCCCAGGGACCAUAGUCACAGAGCAAGAGGCUGGCAAGCAGGCCUCUCCAAAACCCAGUGGCGAGGUCCCUUUUGCCACACUAGUAAAAUGUCUGACUGUCCAGGGGAAUAAAGUGGUAACCCAAUCUACUUGUCCUGACACAAAAUAAUAUCAAUUACACAGAUGGGGUCCCUUGUCUAGAGUGGUGGACAUUGGCACGACUAUUUGCUAAACCCAUUUUCACAAAUUGAAUCUGAAGCAAAAAUAGCAGAUCUGGAAAUAUUCUGUAACUUUGCAAUACUUAGAACAAGGGUAUUUUUGCUUCACAUGUUACCACUUGGAUUUAUUUUGCAAAAAUUCCAAGUUGUUUUUUUAACUACCGAGUGUAUUCUCUCUUUUUGUCUGUGUGUGUGUGUGCUGACUGUAUGUAACGUGUGAUGUAUACUGGCUGUUAUGCGUUUGUGCGGACUAUAUGCACUGUGUGUGUGCUACCUGCGCAUGUAUAUGUAGUUUGUGUGCUGGCACUGUACAGUGCAUAUACUUUUUUGACACACUGCAAAACUCGAUCGCUCACCCACACAUUCCAUACUCACACACUGACCCACAUAAAGUACAGCCCCUUUUACAUUACCAGCAGCAGUCGGUCUGCACCUUUUCCUUCUAUUUCCUCCAUGUGCAGCCAGCUGGGAUAUGGCAUUGUGCUGUAUCUCUGCAACCAUAAGCUCUGUGCAUUGCGAGGAGUAGCUGCUUCUCACAAAUAUUUUUUAAGUAGAUCUCAGAAGCUACUAAAGAUGGUGUCUAUAAUCCUGAGUAUAUUUUGAGAUAUAUGUACUUCUGAAGGAAUGUGCAAACUAGAUGUAGCUCCUGAAUUCUCUGGCAUUACCUGUUCACUGUAAAAAGCCAGUUAUCUAGAUUAUUAUCCAAGUGCUCAUGGUUAUUUUCCUAGUGCUAUGUGACAACAAAUUUAAAGGAACACUCCAAGAACCAUUACCACUACAGUGUGCUGUUGUGGUUAUAACGCCAGAAGUGCCCUGCCACCCAUCUCCCAUUGUAAGUAGUCAAACCACAUGGCAUCAGGUUGACUUCUUACGUGGGGUCUGCGUCAGCUAUUUCCACCAGUGAGAGCCAGAGACUCCUGACUGGAGCUCCUUUAGCUCUCUUGAUCAACACCAUUCCAAUCAGGGCCAGAUUAUUGGCUGAGAGCAUUAGUCGAUUGCUCUUAUCCAGUGCACUAAUCCUUGUACCACUGGACUUUGCUUUGCACUUCCUGUUCUCAUUGAGGCAAUGACUGGCGUCUGACAGAUCUUGGUAAGAAAUCAGACUGGUAACGCUAUAGUGGUUAUUAGGGAUCGACCAAUAUAGAUUUAUUUUUAUUAGAACUGAUCCGAUAAUCUGUGAACUUUCAGGCCGAUAGUUUACCAAUAUUCUGUACAUUUACCGUAUUAUUUAUUUUUUUGCCAAUCUUUUUUUUAAGUGGUAAAUGCACAAGAUAACAUGCCAGUUAGAUUUCUUUUUAUGUUUUCAAGAAUAUUUAUGUGUGUGUGUAGUGGAUGCAGUGAGAGUAUUUGAUUAGUAGAUGCAGUGUGUGGGUAGUGAAUGCAGUGUGUGUGUGUGUGUUUGUGUAGUGGAUGCAGUGUGUUUUGUGUAAAUAUGUGCGAUAGGAACUCUCCCCCUGGCCUCCACCUCUUACCUGUCUCUUAGUGCCCCCCUUACCUGUCUUAGUGCCUCCCCAUUCUCCGUCUCUUAGUGCCCUCCCUUUCCCCCCAUUCCCCUAAAUGUUCCUCUUCCUUCUCUUUUAGUGGUCCCCCCCCAACCCCGGUAUUCCUUUUCCCUUCCCUCCCCUGUACCUUAGUGUCCUCCCUUAGUGUUCCUCUCUCCCCCAUAGUGUUCUUCACCCCCUCCCCUGUCCCCCAUAGUGUUCUUCACCCCCUCCCCUGUCCCCCAUAGUGUUCUUCACCCCCUCCCCUGUCCCCCAUAGUAUUCUUCACCCCUUCCCCUGUCCCCCAUAGUGUUCCUUUCCACCUCCCCUCCCCCAUAGUGUUCCUUACCACCCCCGUCCCUUAGUGCUCCCCUCCUUGGUCCCCGCUCCCCGGUGUGUCUCCUGGUAGUGUCGCCGAGCGGAGCAGUGCGCACUGCGGUACAAGAGAUUCAGACUCCUGUACCCGACCGGACUGACAGUGAGCACUUCCUUUCAGUCCGCCCGGGUACAGGAAACCUAAAUUCCUGUACCGUGCUGUGCACUGCUCGGCCACGCUACACAGAGUGCCUGGCAGGAGGGAGCGCUGUGCGCCCAUCCCUGCCGGUCACUCAGAUCUAGCGACCGCUUGUGCCGCCUUAUGGAUGUGCCGGCCCACCCAUUCAUUCAUUAUCGGUAUUGCCGGUGAUUAUCGUCCGAUACUUACAAAAUAAUCGGAAUAUCAGCAAAACCGAUAAUCGGUCGAUCCCUAGUGGUUAUAGUGAUUGUGGUUCUUGGUGCCCACAUGGUUUCCUUUAAUCAUUCUGUUACAUGGCUAAUUGAAAGGACUCUAUAGGUAUCCAGACCACUUAAUCUCAAUGAAGUGGUCUGGAUUCUAUGUCCCCGUUGUUUUAACUGAAAAUAUUGCUGUUCUGUAGGAAGGUUCAAAAGGCAGUUGGCUAUAUUGGACAAUAUUUAUUUAUAUUUUUAGAUAAAGACUUACAAAAGGGGUGUCAUGAGGUGUACCACAAUUAUUUAUGCAUGGAAGCAGUUGUGGGUUUACGGCAGUUGUCAUGAUAGACAAGGAAAAGGUGAACAUCUGAUAAUAUUUAUUACCAUACCAAUACUGUCCUGAAAAUUCAUGCUCUAACUCACAGGUUAUAUGGGGGGUUAUGUCUCAAUUUGAAUUUAAUUUAUUAACCACAGCAAGCAAUACAGUUAAUGAAGUGUAAUUAUUAAUUUAUUAUGAGAUAUGUAUAAAUGGUUUACUUUUGAGGAUUCCUUUCUGUUUAUUGACACAAGUUGUUUUUAUCUUUGUAGGAGUUGGGAAAUCAUGUCUCUUAUUGCAGUUCACAGACAAGCGAUUCCAACCGGUGCAUGAUUUGACAAUUGGUAAGUUGAAAUCAGUCAUUGAAAUCAUUAUUUAAAAAAAAAAAAACAUUUACGACUUGGUAGUUUUUACCUGCUGUUUAGUCUUACUAACCUGUAAGUAUGAACACUGAAUUUGUAGUGGUCAUAUUUUAGUUAGUGUAACUUUUGUGUUCAGUCAGGAUAGAGUGAGGAUAAAUACGAAAGUAAGAGCCUUGCCUUGCGUUACCUUUGAAUACUGGCAACCUUUCAAAAUCGCACUUUGUGAGUUCAUACAUCUAUAUGCCUCUCAUGAUAUCUUAAAUUUACCCUUACAUUCACCGACCCAAGCUCAUGUUGUGGGGUUCCAGAGCAAUAUAUGCAACAAGCCCGUUGGCUAAUAUAAGUCAAUAUAGGAAAAAGUUGUUCUUGUAGGAGAAAAACAUACACAAUCAAUUUUGUUUAGUAAGACGUUUUUUUAACAGUUACCUAUUUGCAUAGUCAGAAUUUAACUAAAUGAAUGCUGUAGUAAUGUAUUCCCUUGUGGGGGCAAAUUCCUACAGGUGAAUUUUAUGAUGGUGUCUACAGUGCUCCGGCUUAACUAGUGGAAACUAGACAAUACUUGACUUAGAGGUGGUUUUUAUUUUCUGCCAGGUUAACUCACACACCAUGUUAAACAUAAGACUAAAACAGCAUUCCAUUUUAGUUCUCAUUUUAAUUAUAAACUGUGUGAAUCAAGUCUGAUACCACAACAUUUCUGUAAGGUACUUAACAUCAAAAGGACACUGUAACUACAGUUUAAUGUAGUACUUUGUAUGAAGAGCAUCUCCUCCUUUUUAUUUUUAUUUUUAUUUAUUUUUAUUAGAAAUUAGAUCUUUCCAAAAUGAACCUUGUUAACCUUCAUGGUUUUACAGAGACACUAUAGGCUGCAUCUGUGUGCAGUGACCAUGUCUGUUUAAUCUUGCAAUGUAAAACAUUGCAGUUUCUGAGAAACUUCAAUGAUUACAUUGCAGGGUUAACUGCACCUCUAGUGACUGUCCCUAAUGGAGUUUUACUCCAUUAAAUGGUGUUGUAUGUCCUUACUCUUUACUUAGAAAAGCAUUGAUUCAAGCGCAGCACAUGCGCAUUAGGUUCAACAAUCGCCAUGACCUUGCGGCAGGAGGAAAUCUAGCCAGCACCUAGGAAACAUCUGUGCUGGAAAUGGAGAGAGAAGUUUAAAAAAGAAAAUUAAGUUUUAACCCUUUUUCACCAAAGAGUGGUGGACCCAUUAUGUUAGGGACACAAUACAGGUUUGUAUUUCUAAUGAUAUUGUGUCCCUUUAAGCAGACAACAGGUCCUAGUACAUCCUGGUUUGCAAAGACUUCUCAUCGAGCUGUAUUGGGAAGCCUCUGAUUGGACAGUUACAGAAACAGAAAAAACCUUUAUUUACUUACCUUUUCCCAGUGCGCUGGGUCACGGCUCCACCGAGGGAAAAUCUGACGCUGGCUGUCCUCAUGCGGAGCAUCUGGAAGACAGCCACUGGAAGCAGACUUAGUCCUGCACUGUAAACCUUGCAGUUUCUCUGGAACUGCAGUCUUUUACAUUGCAGUACUAAGUGCAAUAGGGACACUGCAUCCAGACCACUUUAAUGAGCUGCAGUGGUGUGGGUGCCUAUAGUGUCCCUUUAAAUUAGCCACAUGCAGCAACAUAUAAUCUGGCAAGAAUUUCUUCAAUAGGUACAUUCCUGGAUUUUUUUGAUUGGAUAUUGCACAUUGUUGUUCCUUUUUAAUUCUCUUGCAGUACUAAAUAUCCUGAUAGAUGGCAGUAUAGCAUUUCAUUUUACACCUAGAAAUAAAUGUAACCUAGCCUCGUUACUGCUACAUUUCUUUGUUUCUCGUGUGAUAUUUAUACACCUAUAUUUACACAAUAGUCAACAAAGUCAUUGGCAGGCAUUUAAAAUUGGUUUUGGAAAUGACUCAUCUUAACUCCUUAGGAAUGUUAAGAAGUUUCAUUACAUCCGGACUAUAAUGGGCUCUGAUGCUUUUAGGGCAUAAUGACAUGUUUUGCAGAUUUGGUGUGAGCAGGGUUAAAUCAAUGGAUAAACUGAAAAAUGGUGUGGUGUACUAAUACUUAUAUAUGUGUGAAAACUCCAAAAUAAUGAUGGGUAUACAUACAGUAUUAAGAAUCUUCAAAACCAAACAUGCAUAUAAUGAUCCAGCUUUAAAAUAAAUUUCUUUAAGCUUUAAUCACUUUGAAUCAUACAAAUGAAAAAUAGCAUUAACUCACACAAAACCUGUAAAAACAAAAAGGAUAAAAUUACACUCACAAACAUAAAGCUACUGACAGUUGCUAAACGGGCACGUAAACAGGUCAAAUUGACUUCCUGAUGGUGACUAUUCAGUAUGUCCAGCAGAAGUCUGAUCCUCAUCCUGUGAUGGCUCUGGAUCCUUCAACAGCAAGGGAAACUCCUCUUGAUUAUAUGCAAAUUAUCCAGGUGGAAUAAGUCAGUCACCCACUGCUCCACAAUCUGACCAGUUUCGUCCUUUGGGACUUUGUCAAGGAAGAAGCUCUUCCUUUAUGUGUGUAAGUGUCAUUUUUUUUUUUUCCUUUUUUUUUUUUUACAUAUUUGUGAUUCAAGUGAUUUUAUGCUAUGUUCCAUUUGUAUGUUUUUAAAUAAAGCUUGAAGAAAUUAAUUUUACACCAGGAUCAUUAUAUGCCUAUUUGUUUUUGAAGGUCCAAUAGUAUAUGUAUACCUACCCAUCAUUAUUUUGGGGUUUUCACACACAUUAGUACACCACACAAUUUUUCUGUUUCUUCUUUAUGUAUGUGUGUAUGUAUGUAUAAAAAUAGGGGUUAUCCUGUCAGGGAAGAAAUGGCACAACAUAGUGCAAAACUGUAUGAUUUUUACAGUUUUGCAUACAGUUUUGAACUAUGUUGUGCCAUUUCUUCCCUGACCAGAUAACCCCUAUUUUUAUACAUUGAUAAUUUCAGAAGGUUCUGUUGAGGAAAUCUUCGGGACUUUCUAUACUUGAAGGGAAGUUUAUUUAUUAUAUUAAUUGCACUUUGAUCACCAGAAGCACUUUAUAUAAUUGUGAAAGUACUUCUGUGUAAUAUUUUUAUCUCUUCUUUAUUUGUUACGCCUUUUUUUUUGUUUGUUUGUUUAUUGGUGUGUGGGUGUAUGUUUAAGUACACACUAUCUUUCUGGUUUUUUUUUUUUGUUUUUUUUUUUAAAUCAAUGGCUCUGGCUAUUUUUAGUGGCCACAGACCUUUUGCUGAGCUGUUUGCAGCGCUGGACAUCAGCUCCGCGCAUGGCUCUUUAAAUAGGCAUCUAAAUGCCUCGAACUAGAUUGCGGCAUCUAGUACAGUUAUUUGCGAAUUAUAUCUGACAAGAAAAGAAAAUCAAAAAACAAACAAAUGUAUUUCUAAUCACAACCACUAGGGGUCCUCCUAAUAAAUGCUAGAUAUAGUGGCACUUAAUUCAUUUUGCCCACUUCCUUUAACUCAACUUGACCAAAACUGAAAUUCUGGUCUUUUCUCCCUCAAGUGUUGCUACUCCUGUGUGUGUCUCCCUCCAAGUCAACAGUGCUACCAUCAGCUUCACCACGCAGGCUCGCUGCUUAGGUGUUCUCUUUGACUCCGACCUCUCCUUCACGCCUCAUGUUCAGUCUAUCGCCACAUCCUGCCUCUUCCAUCUCAAAACAUUGCGCGCAUCUGGCCCUACUUAACGCCAGAUGCGACUAACGUGCUGGUCCAUUCCACUGUCCUUUUCUCGCCUUGACCACUGUAAUCCGCUUCUCAGUGGUCUUUCAUGCUCCCAACUUGCGCUGUUACAGUCCAUAAUGAAUGCGGUCGAGGCUCAUCCUCCUGCCGCACACGCCUCACCCUUCUCUUAGACUCUACAUUGGCUACCUUUAAGAUAUAGGGCUCAAUUUAAAAUUCUGGUUCUUGCUUUCAAAUCUCUACAUAAUGCUGCUCCAACCUAUCUAUCCUCCCUAAUACACAAGUAUUGCCUGUCUAGGCCCUUACACUCUGCUGAAGACUUACAUCUAUCUUCUGUCUGUACUCCCACCUCUGAUGCUCGCCUUCAAGACUUCUCAAGGGCUGCACCGUUCCUGUGGAACUCACUUCCCUCCUCCGUUAGAUGCUCACCCAGUCUCCACUCCUUCAAAUCAUUAAAAACCCACUUCUUCAUAAAAGCGUAUCAAUUACAUUAACCCCUUAAAGGACCACUCUAGGCACCCAGACCACUUCAGCUUAAUGAAGUGGUCUGGGUGCCUGGUCCCUCUAGGAUUAACCCUUUUUUUUUAUAAACAUAGCAGUUUCAGAGAAACUGCUAUGUUUAUACUGAGGGUUAAUCCAGCCUCCAGAACCUCUAGUGGCUGUCUCAUUGACAGCCGCUAGAGGCGCUUGCGUGCUUCUCACUGUGAAAAUCACAGUGAGAGCACGCAAGCGUCCAUAGGAAAUGCUUUCCUAUGCAUCUGGCUGAAUGCGCGCGCAGCUCUUGCCGCGCAUGCGCAUUCAGCCGAUGACGUUGCAAGCAAGGAGGAGUACAGCUCCCCGCCCGGCGCUGGAGAAAGGUAAGUGUUUAACCCCUUCCUCUCUCCAGAGCCCGGCAGGAGGGGGUCCCUUAGGGUGGGGGCACCCUCAGGGCACUAUAGUGCCAGGAAAACGAGUAUGUUUUCCUGGCACUAUAGUGGUCCUUUAAGGACACAUGACAUGUGUGACAUGUCAUGAUUCCCUUUUAUUCCAGAAGUUUGGUCCUUAAGGGGUUAAUAGCUCCCAACUGAUUCCUCUGUUGUCUCUGUCAUUAAUCUAAUACUAUCCUUACCUUUUGUGUCACUUUACCCCACUCCCUCUAACAUUUAAGCUCAUUGAGCAGGGCCCUUGUCUGGUAAAACUACAUGUUUGUUCGUCCACCCACUGUAAAGCGCUGCGGAAUUUGUUGGCGCUAUAUAAAUAUUAACAGAAUAAUAACAUAAUAUUUUGUUAUUUCAAACAUGUAAACUUGAGGUAAAUUAGACUAUUGUGUGGUAGGUUAAUACUUUCUAUAAUAUAUAGUGUUAAGCAACAGGGGCGGAAUUAAAAAUGCCCCACCAGUUCUGCUUCACAGUUGGAUGAAUAAUAUCUCUGUCAUGGCCGAAAUGAAAACAUAAAUAAAAGAGCUCAGAGUGUGAUCUUCGUGCAGCUCUUUUAAUGGGAAUUUAAAUCCCUGCUCACACCAGGAAACUCUGGUGCAUACCCAGAACUCCCCUCUGUCAGCCUGUGCCAUUUUUGGUGACCUCAGACUUUUUGGUGAGCUGCAUGCAGUGCUGAAAGUCAGCACUUGUGAUAUCAGCUAUGUUCUCUGUGACUGCUAUUAGGCUUACAAGACAAAUAUACCAAAUUAUUCAAUAGCUCCACAUUCAAAUUUUAUUUUACUCCUUGUACUUUGUGACCUGUAACUGCCAAACAUAGACUGAAAUAUUACUUAUGUACUCUGAAAAACAGGACAAAUAAAUUAAUUUAUUUUUAAUUACCUUUCAUAAGCUGCACUAAUAAUACACACGUAAAAAAAGUUUUUCUUAUUUUUGUGUAGUUUUUCUGUUACAAUUGAGAUCAAAUUAAAGUCCUUUCUGUCCUUAAAGGACCACUAUAGUGCCAGGAAAACAUACUUGUUUUCCUGGCACUAUAGUGCCCUGAGGGUGCCCCCACCCUCAGGCUCCCCCUCCUUCCGGGCUCUCAGGAGAGGAAAGGGGUUAAAUCUUACCUUUUUUUCCAGCGCCGGGCAGGGAGCUCUCCUCCUCCUCUCCGCCUCCUCUCCUCCCCUUCGGCUGAAUGCGCAUGCGCGGCAGGAACUGCGCGCGCAUUCAGCCAGUCUCAUAGGAAAGCAUUCAUAAUGCUUUCCUAUGGACGAUGGCAUCUUCUCACUGUGAUUUUCACAGUGAGAAGCACGCAAACGCCUCUAGCGGCUGUCAAUGAGACAGCCACUAGAGGCUUUAGAGGCUGGAUUAACCCAUUUAUAAACAUAGCAGUUUCUCUGAAACUGCUAUGUUAAAAAAAAAAAAAAAGGGUUAAUCCUAGAGGGACCUGGCACCCAGACCACUUCAUUAAGCUGAAGUGGUCUGGGUGCCUAGAGUGGUCCUUUAAACAAUGUUUAAUAUGUAUGGGUUUGCUUGAAGAGACACCCUCAAAUUACGGUGGAACAAACCUAUAUAAUUCAAAUUCAAGGUUGUGUUUUGGUUCAAAAUGUGGUCAAUUACCUCCAUCAUUACAAGGACACUCCAGGCACCAAAACAUCAUCUAAAUUAAGUUGUUAUGGUGCCAGUAGGCCAGUGGAGGCACUCACAAACGGUUUAACCCCAAAGUUGUCUCCAGCAGCAUAUUCAGAAAGAGUAGAGGUCUGCUGGGCAGGGGAGCUGCUGAUUGGCUAUGAGCAGUCAUCUGACGCUCUCAGCCAAUCAGUGACUCCCUGUUCACAAAACUGGCUUGGAAAGAAACGUACCUUUCUCAAGCUAGUUUAGUGAAUGGGGGAGUCACUAAUUGGCUCAGAGCGUCAGUGACAGCUCUCGGCAAAUCAGCGCCGACCUUGCCUGGUAGCACUCUGCGCUUCCUGAAUCUGUAAAAUUGCCUGGAGGGAUGAAGAUUGGAGCUGGAGGAAACUUUGGAGUUAAACUAUUAGAGAACCGUUUAACCCUUUGAGGUAAGAGUGCCUCCUGGCACCAUAACAACUUCAUUUAGAUGAACUUGUUUUGGUGCUUGGAGUGAGAAGUGUAUUAGAUUUUAUUUUAUUUUUACAAAAUAGGAAAGUGCAAUGUGCUUUUUGAUUACACACAUCUUCCCAUUUUAUCCCCAAAAUUAUUUUUUUUUAUCCUGUCAAAUUUCUUCCUAUAUACUUCAGUUCUGUUGUGGUUACAGACAGUGAAGACAUUAGACCUAUUCUGAAAAAGAGGAUACGUUUUUACAUUUUAUUUUGUUAUUGUAGACUGGAGGUGGCAAACAUGUCUAUUGUUAAAGCUUGUACUUUAUAAAUAUGUUUGAUGCCCCAUAUUCCUGCAAUGUAGGUCAUGCACUUGUGGUGCCUGAUCAGUGAGCCCAGUCUCCUUGGUAACAAGUGGGUUUAGUUCUAGUCUAUUGGAAAUAGGCUGAAUGAGUGCACAGUAAUAUGAGAAUUUUCCCUGUAACCACAGAUGCCUAGUGGCAACAGGUCAUAGCCUGAGAGGGAAGAACAUGUGAUAAGGUAGCAGCUAAUGGUGGAGACUUAAAUUGACAAACAGCUGUAGUAAGCAGACUGCAAUGUAAAAUGUAGAUUUCAGUGGAAUAAAUGGCAUGCCUGUCCCACUGUUACUUUACAGAAAGGCAUAUCGUGAAUAAACAAAAGGCAGUGCCAUCUUUGCACUUUUAAGUUACCUUUAGCACACACAUUAACUCUUUUUUUUAAUGUUUUUGUUGCUUUGGUUACUGCAAUCUGAUCUUCACUAUCAUAGGUUGAUACAAUAAUGUACGAGUCAAUGUAUAAAUUCACACAGUCUUCAGUCUUUAUUUGCAUCUCCAUUUAUAUCUUCACCCAAAAUCCUUUUUGGUAAAUGUUUGCAAAUCUGAUUGCUUUUAUUUUGACUCAAAUGUGCUUGUUUUUUUUUUUUUUUUUUAAAUAGUUUGCAUCAACUCUUGAUACCUUUUAUGUUUAUGUCUGCUUCAUAUUGUAAGCAAGGUGUCAAAUAGUUUAUAACCCCAAUUUAUCAUAUAUCUGUUUUAAAGUGGGACCUUGAAUUUCGAGUGCCUGUUCCUAUUUAAUUUCAAGUAUUUGUUUUAAUCAUUGUGUGCCAUUGAAAAUUAUUGUGCAGGCUAUUUUAAUAUAUGGUCCUUGUGUCCUUAAGCCUUGUUCACAUGCUAUGUUAUGCUGCACUAUCUUGUAGUCUGUUUACAUUAGGGAUGUGCAUGGGCAAAAUAUUCGGUACGGCAUUCCGAAAUUCUUCAGUUCGGCACUUCCGAACUUUGGCACUUCAAUUCAGUUCGGGACUUCGGAUAUGUUCUCUUGCGGCCGCUUAGUAGAUAACUUCCUAAUUCCCACAGUAUUAGGGAGCUAUCAACCAAAAGGCUGAAAAGACCUUAAGCGGGUUGGGGCCCUAAAUACCAAUAAGGGGGGGACCUAUUGUCCUCCCCCAUGGCCCUCACCCCUGAGUGGCGGGUGGGGGCCAUAAAUAAAAAUGUUACACCCCCCCCCUCCCCUUGUGACCAUUUUUCCUUCUCCUCCCUACACCGCCCAACUCCCCCUCCCCCCACCCCUCCCCCAAUUCUAAUUUAGGGCCAGGACACACACUAUAGGUUCCCCCCAUUGUUAUCCAGGGCCCCUCACCUGCCUCUCAGUGGUGGGGGGGCAGGAGGCAAAAGGUCUCCACUUCAGUUUAAAAGCCCCACUUGCGCGGCACGGGUGGGGACUCAGGUGGGGGGACACUUGGAGGCUUUUUUUGUUUUGGCUUUUUAGCCACAGGCUGCUCACAGUUUACUGGACAUGCCCCUACUCAUGAUAUAGCGAGUAGGGUCAGAAUUUACUAAGUAAUUUUUACUUAGUAUUAGUAAUAUUGGCCGAAAGACCAAUUUAACUCUUUCAGCCUUUUGGAAGAUAGCCCCCUAAUACCGUUGGAAUCAGGGAGUUAUCUACUUACUCAUUCCCAUCCAUUGAACGUGUUACUUGAUUGUUGUAAGUGUUUACAGCUGAAUCCUGGCUAUGUGUGUGCACUUUUUAUUUAAACUGGUAUACAGUGUAAUAUUCUUCCACUGGGUAUAUUAGUACUUCUGCAAUUCUAUGCUUCGGCUAUUCGUCAAAUCCGAAAUUCGGCUCUUCGGACAUUCGGUGCUUCAGGACUUUGGUUCGGCACUUCGGACAUUCGUCAAUUCAGCUGCAGAACUAAACUAAUUGCACAUGUCUAGUUUACAUUGUUCAAAUGUAAUUUAAGCCUUUAUAUUGUGUUAUUACUGGGUUGUGCCCUCUAGUGCUUUAUGCAUAAAAUAAGCAGAGCUCUUCUGAAAGAUAUUGGCAUUGUUAAAAUUGGGACACUGUAUUUUUAAUACCAGAGUGUAGUGAUACAGUCUACUAUAUUGUGUUGAAAACAUAUGUUUUGUGUAGUGUAUUCUGUUUUGUGUUUAUUUGCUAUGGUAUAUUGAUGUAUCCAUACCUCAUUUUACUUUUGCUUCAGCAAUGUGAUUAUAGAUGCUUUUAUUUGAACAUUACACCUAUUUAUAAAGAGUUAUCCUGGCUUAUAUUGACCUUUAUACAAAUAACUGUUUACUUAUGUUUUGAAAUGUAAAAACUUUGACUAACGUUUAACAUAUUCUCCUGUUUUUAGGUGUAGAAUUUGGUGCUCGGAUGAUAACAAUUGAUGGCAAGCAAAUUAAACUUCAGAUAUGGGACACUGUAAGUAACAUUAACGUAAACCUAUAUAUGAAUAAACACUACUGAAGACUAUGGCAUUCUUACCACAAUUGGAUCUAUUCUUAAGGGGACACUCCAUUGAAUAUUUUUUAUAAAAUGUUUAGUAGAGAUAUCCCCAAAGAAUGCAUUAAAGGGACACUGUAGGCACUUUUAACAAUUACAUCUUAUUGAAGUUGUUAUAGUGCCUGCAGUCAUACCCCCCCAAAACCCAGUAUUGAUCUAAUUUUAAGCCACGGCUUAACCCCUUUAGACCGGAGGGCGUACUAUUACACCCUAUUAUAGGCGUCUCUAAACGCCGCCGGGCGUAAUAGUACGCCCUCCGGUCUUUCGUGGGACCGCCGGCGAUCGCGGUGGGGGGGACUCCCAGGGAGCCCCCCGCGGCACGACCGUCCUCCUCGAAGCCCCCCGGCUGUGUGAGAGUGGGGUCCUUGCGAGGACCCCACAAUCACAUGGCCGGGGAUAGCUGGCUUCUGUAUUGCCAGCAGGGGGGCUGCCUGUAAUGACAGGUGGUCCCCCUGCUGGCUGAAAAUAAAAUUAAAAUGAGUUAAAAGUGUAAAAAAAAAAAAUAUAUACUUAGAUCAUAUAUAUAUAUGUAUUAUAUAUAUAUAUGAUCUAAGUAUAUAUAUACACAUAUACAUACACACAUGUACACCGUCUAGGUGUAUUUUACUAUUAAUAUAUAUAUAAUUAUAUAUUAAUAUCAAAUUACACGUAGACUGAUACUGAUUAAAUAUAUAUAUAAUUAUUGUUAUAUAUAUAUUUAUAUAUAAUAUAAAAAAAACAAAAAUGUAAAUACGUUAAAAAAAUAAUUAAAAAUAAAUAAUAAAAAAAUAUUUAGAUGUGUGUUAUUUUGUUCUAACUGUAUUGUGAAAUUAAUAUAUAUAUAUAUCAAAAUACACGUAGAACGAAAUAUAUAUAUCUAUAUACAUAAAUAUAUAUGUAUAUAUCACUAUAUAUAUACCUAUAUAUAAAUAAAAAUAUUUUUAAAAAAUUAUAUAGAUAUAUACAUAUAUAUACACAUACGUAUAUAUAUAUAUAUAUAUAUAUAUAUAUAUAUAUAUUCUACAUAUAUAUUUAUGUAAUAUUUUUACAUAAUUAGGUAUCUUAAUUAAUUACAAUUAGCUAGACCUGCCUGACAACCCAUGCCGAUAGUAAAGGGAAUUUAAUUUGCUAGCACUAUAUUUAACCCUAUAACUUUCCGAGACACCAUAAAACCUGUACUGUUCUAUUCGGGAGACUUCGCUGAACACAAAUAUUAGUGUUUCAAAACAGUAAAAUGUAUUACAACGAUGAUAUCGCCAGUAAAAGUGACGUUUUUUGCAUUUUUCACGCACAAACAGCAUUACACGGACAAUAUUAUUGCUGUGAUACUUUUUACUGUUUUGAAACACAAAUAUUUGUGUUCAGCGAAGUCUCCCGAGUACAACAGUACCCCUCAUGUACAGGUUUUAUGGUGUUUUCAAAACUUACAGCGUCAAAUAUAAGGCUUGCAUUUCAUUUUUUUCACAUUCAAUUUUGCCAGAUUGGUUACGUUGCCUUUGAGACCCUAUGGUAGCCCAAGAAUGAAAAUUAUCCCUAUGAUGGCAUACCAUUUGCAAUAGUAGACAACCCAAGUUAUUGCAAACAGGGUAUGUCCAGUCUUUUUUAGUAGCCACUUAGUCACAAACACUGGCCAAAAUUGGCGUUUUUUGCAUUUUUCACACACAAACAAAUACUAACGCUAACUUUGGCCAGUGUUUGUGACCAAAUGGCUACUAAAAAAGACUGGACAUACCCCAUUUGCAAUACCUUGGGUUGUCUACUAUUGCAAAUGGUAUGCCAUUAUGGGUGUAAAUUUCAUUCCCGGGCUACUAUACAGUCUCAAAGGCAACGUAACCAAUCUGGCGAAUUUCAAUUUCAAAUGUAACAUGCUAUAUUUGACCCUGUAACUUCCCAAAACGCCAUAAAACCUGUACAUAGCGGGUACUGUCUUACACGUGAGACUUGACUAAAUACAAAUAUGUGUAUUUUAUUGCAGUAAAAGCAAACAGUAUUAUGACACUGACCUUUAAAAUGUCAUUUAGAAAUUUAAUAAAUUUGCAAUAAAAUUAUGUUUCAUAGCUAAAUAUUUGAUAUUAAAUGAAAGCCCUGUUUCCCCUGAAUAAAAUGAUAUAUAAUAAGGGUGGGUGCAUUUACUAUGAAAGAGGUGUAUUACGGCUGGACAGACAUGUAGCGCAAAUGCCAGGUUUUGUUUACAUUUUGUUUUGUUCACAACGUGUACAUUUGGCUCCGUCCUUAAGGGGUUAAAGCCCAUUGGUUAUGAAUGCUGGGAAUCUUACUUUCCGACUCUUGUGCUGUAAUGUGACAUUACAAUGAUUUUCUAUGGAGGAAUCAUAGGCCCAUCAUGGCAUGAGCCUACGUACCCCAGUACUCUAUGGGGAGACUUGGUUUGGCCCACAAUUCUGGAGACAUACCUCCAAGACUACAUCACUCAAGGAGGUUGCAGCAGCGCUGAAGGAAACUCAGCGCUGGAGAAAAAGUGAAUAACUCAUUUAAUUUUUGCACACAUGAGAAGGGGUACAAAAUAAGGGGCAGGACUGUAGCGUUAGGAAUACAGAUAUGUGUUACUAACACUACAGUGUUCCUAUAAUGUAUUUUUUUCCUGAAUAUUUUCUUUGGUAGUAUAUGAAAAGAACCCGCUUGCAAAAGCUGCAGACUUACAAUCUGUGCCAGGGAAUUGACCAAACAGAGGCUUCUCAGGAGAAGCGUCCUUGCUGGAGUCACAACCGCACAUAAGUUUGUAGCUUUCCAGUGCUUCUCAAUGAGUUGUAGGACAGUUCCUUGAGAAAGCGGGAGCCAUUUCUUCCCUAAUUUAUUAAAGUGUUGAUUUUCUAUUAAAAUUUCAACUUUUAUAAACAAUAAAAAACAAACUCCAGACAUAAAUUUCAUUAGCAAGCUGAAGUGAUUGUGUCUGGAGUCGUUUAAUGUAGAUCUUUUCAUAUCAUGCCAUAGGGAAUAUCUAAAUUUUUAAGGUGAUUUGUCUCCUUUCAAAAGUGAUUUAAAGGCUCACUGUUUUUGCAUAUUCUCCGCACUAAUAAUUGCUAUACAGUUUAACAUGUUAAACUUGCAUAUUCUGAGUAAUGAUUCGCUUUUUGUGCUUAGUUUGCUUUUUUAUUGGCUACUCAUACAGAGUUGUGAUUGGAAUUGUUAGUUGUUCGCUCUGUGGUUAAUUUAAGACUGGAAUCCCCAAUGAAAUCGUAAGAAACAGAGAAACAAAGAUGCCCAGCAAAAAAUAAAUUUCCCAAAUAGUUUUACUCAGAUAUUCCUUGAAUACAUUUGGAUUAUACUCUAGUUUGAAUAAAGACAACUGUCCAGGGCAUACUGAAAACGAGAGAAAUCUCAAUGUAUCCUUUCUGGUAAAAUAUUUUAUAAAUAAAUAUACAGUAUUAAUGUUACACAAAUCUAUUGUUUUUAUUGAACACACCAUGUAAACAUUCACAGUGCAGGUGGAAAAAGUAUGUGAACCCUUGGAUUUAAUAACUGGUUGAACCUCCUUUGGCAGCAAUAACUUCAACCAAACGUUUCCUGUAGUUGCAGAUCAGACGUGCACAACGGAGUAAUUCUUGACCAUUCCUCUUUACAGAACUGUUUCAGUUCAGCAAUAUUCUUGGGAUGUCUGGUGUGAAUCGCUUUCUUGAGCUUCAGCUGGUAGACAGAUGGCCUUAAGUUCUCCUGCAAAAUGUCUUGAUAAACUUGGAAAUUCAUUUUUCCUUCGAUGAUAGCAAUCCGUCCAGGCCCUGACGCAGCAAAGCAGCCCCAAACCAUGAUGCCCCCACCACCAUGCUUCACAGUUGGGAUGAGGUUUUGAUGUUGGUGUGCUGUGCCUUUUUUUUUGCAACACAUAGUGUUGUGUGUUUCUUCCAAACAACUCAACUCAACUUUCAUCUGUCCACAGAAUAUCUUGCCAGUACUGCUGUGGAACAUCCAAGUGCUCUUGUGCAAACUGAAAACGUGCAGCAACGUUUUGUUUGGACAGCAGUGGCUUCCUCUGUGGUAUCCUCCCAUGAAAUCCAUUCUUGUUUAGUGUUUUAUGUAUUGUAGAUUCGCUAACAGGGAUGUUAGCAUUUGCCAGUGACUUUUGUAAGUCUUUAGCUGACACUCUAGGAUUCUUCACCUCAUUGAGCAGUCUGCGCUGUGCUCUUGCAGUCAUCUUUACAGGACGGCCACUCCUAGGGAGAGUAGCAGCAGUGCUGAACUUUCUCCAUUUAUAGACAAUUUGUCUUACCGUGGACUGAUGAACAGCAAGGCUUUUGGAGAUACUUUUAUAACCCUUUACAGCUUUAUGCAAGUCAACAAUUCUUAAUCGUAGGUCUUCUGAGAGCUCUUUUGUGCGAGGCAUCAUUCACAGCAGGCAAUGCUUCUUGUGAAAAGCAAACCCAGAACUGGUGUGUGUUUUUUAUAGGGCAGGGCAGCUGUAACCAACACCUCCAAUCUCAUCUCAUUGAUUAGACUCCAGUUGGCUGACAUCUCACUCCAAUUAGCUCUUGGAGAUGUCAUUAGUCUAGGGGUUCACAUACUUUUUCCACCUGCACUGUGAAUGUUUACAUGGUGUGUUCAAUAAAAACAUGGCAACAUUUCAUUCUUUGUGUGUUGUUAGUUUAAGAAGACUGUGAUUGUCUAUUGUUGUGACUUAGAUGAUCAGAUCACAUUUUAUGACCAAUUUGUGCAGAAAUCCAUAUCAUUCCAAAGGGUUCACAUACUUUUUUCUUGCAACUGUAUAUCAUUUGGCACUGGAGAAAUUAAAUUUGAAAACUUCAAGACAUGGAAAGUUUUUUUUUUUUUUUUAGUCAAAAACAAAUAACUGUACAUAGGUAUCUCUUAAUAACACUACUUUUGUGUGUGUUGCAAACUUAGUAUAUGUCCCUAGGGUGCGUUCUACGCACAUACACACAGCAGUUAGAAUUUCAGUGGAGCACCAUGGGUAGAUUUAAUGUACGACCAGCUCAUUGUUGCUGUACUGGAGGAGGGAUUUGGCAGGAUAUAUAUAUAUAUAUAUAUAUAUAUAUAUAUAUAUAUAUAUAUAUAUAUAUAUAUAUAUAUAUAUAUAUAUAUAUAUAUAUAUAUAUAUAUUCUUAUUGUAUUCCUCUGCAGCUGUGAGGCAGAUCCCCACAAAUAUGUAAUACAUUGUAGAUUUUUGGGGAACUAAAGCUGUGGGCACUUGAUCAGACUUUUUUUUUUUUUUUUUUUCUGCCUUUUAUAUACUGUUGCUGUUGUCUGCAUCUGCUGGUAAUUUUUGGAACAUUCAAAAUGGACUGAGAUGACGUUCAAGCAGUGUAGCAGCUAUGCUAGCCGUCAAUGAUUUAAAAAAAAAAAUAAUAUUUUUUUUAUUUUUUUUUACUUUUCUGGUUUUAGAAUAAACCGAUUAAAAAUGGAAAAUAUGGCCAAAUGAAAUGUAGGGUCUCUGAAUGUCUGGCUGCUGCUUCCGAUAGAAUGGAUAAAAUCUGCAUCUUUGGCCUUCCAACAACCUUUACACCAGCAGAUGGUGGGCGUAAAGAUGUCAUUCAUCAUUUAUUUACAAUGGGCUUUAUUUAUUCUAGUGUCAACAGCUGCCCCAGGGAGCGGGUUAUUGAAUUCAAAUGCGCAGCUCUGGGUUAUUUGCUUCCUUUCAGGUUUGUCUUCAGAGCUCCGUUGCUAGGCGUCCUUUCUGUGUUCUAAUAAUGUUUCAUGUAUUGUGAAGCCAUUCAGUAAAUUGGGAUGUCAGGGAUUGCCAAAGAAGGUUUUUAGAGGCUUACUUGUUCCUAGAAAAAAAUGUAACACUGCGUAUGUGUCGAUCCUUUUCAUUAUUACUGUGGUCAUAUUACACUCUUCCUGAAAAGCAAACAAAUACCAUUUCAUACCACUUGAGGUUAAAAUUUAGUGUGAUCCCUGGUAGUUUCAAAAAUAAAAUUGUAAAGGUGCUAUUAAAGGGAACGUCGGCUUUAAUGCAUACACCUUUCAAGAGAUGGCAUUCAUACCAGCCUUUUCUCUUUGUAGAAAUAAAAAUGUGUUGUUUGGAGACUGAACACAUUGAAAAAUAACUACAUUCACACACCUAUUCACUGUAUGCUGCAAUUCUGCAAGGACCUGAUAGUAAACAUUUAGACCUAACUUGUAGCUGAAUCUGAAAAACUGGAGGGGUGUAUGAUAUAUAUUUCACACAGGGUUAAACAUUUUUAUUCUCCUGCUACUAGCCGUUAAGCAGUGAAAAUGAAGUUUAUUGUGAAUGUGCCUGUAAAGAUCCUUAGUGCUGCUUUGGAUACUAACAAUUAGGAAUGGAGUUUAACCAGAAAAUAGAAUUUUGUCUUUUAAAGACAUUUAAUUUUGUUUCCCUCUGCAAUUCGCGCGUAGCAUACAAACUAUUGUAAAACCAUAUAUUUAUAUUAAGUAGAGCAUGGACUGUCUCAGUUUCUUCUAGCCUGUCCAUUCAACUAUCAUGCUGAUCGCACAUCUUGUCCAUCAUAAGGCAUGCAAAUAGGUUGCUUUCUAUUUCUGUAAAUAUCUUUGGUAACAAGAAAAUUGCGUCAAUGGCUAAUUGGUCUAAUACAGUUGUACAGUUUUGGGAAAUACAACCUACAUGUAAAAUGGAUAGCUCUACAUGUAUAUUGCAAAGUAUAGAAUUUGAGUCCAUCUUGCAAAUACCCAUUUAGCACUGCUAGUUCUGCAUUUACGGUAACGUUACCUGUACAACACACAGAGCGAGGCCAAUAUAAUGCAAGUGAAUCGCAAAUGGGUUGUGUUGCUUGCCUUAGAAGUAACAGCCAAAACAAUGUAUUGACCAUUUAUCAUAUUUCUUUUUAAUUAACCUGAGACCAGAUGUAGAAAAAUAUUUCAGUGCAAAACAAGCUCUUUUCUGUUCCAUAGUGCUAAAUGGUGAGAAAUAUUGUAUUGGUUUCUGAGGUUAAACGCUUUAGUUAGCCCUUUGCCUAACAAUAUCACCUGUUUACCUUUAUGGAUCUCCUCAGAAGUGUAUUUAUUAGUGGUGUUUCCUAUGUUUGCUUUGGCCCAAGUGCUGUGAGCAUGCAAGCUUGCCAAAGUUCAAGUAGAUGUUCCUUUUAGGACAGAAAGAGAUGGUCAACUCUUCUCAGGGAAACGGGAAUGCCGUGUCUGUAGUAAAAUGGAUGCAAGUACCAUAAUUAGGAGAUGUCCUCAUCAAUAAUGACUGUUUUGGUCCCUGCACCGCUUUGUAAUUCAGUAAUCUUUUUUUUUAAAUGAUUUUGAAAACUAAUGUAAUCUGUAUGUCUUGCUUGCUUUCUAUAGGACAAUGUUUUCAGCAUUGCAGUUAAACAGUAAUCAAAUGGAAUAUUCUGAGAUCUGUAUAUAAAACUGCCCCAGCCUUCAGUAACAGUUACCUCUUGUGUGGCAUUAUAUUAUUCUUUGUAUUUAUACAUUUCCAUCAUCUUACAGAUCCAGAUUGUCUUUUUUAUCUAAAAUGUUUCUGGAUUUACUAUUCUCAGGUUUUUGCUUUGUGUUUUUUGUUUGUUUGUUUUUUAGGAUUUAAUUCAUAAGAUUAGUGAAGCUAGUAUCAUCAGGAAAAAACAUGCCACACCAGCACGUUAACAAAGAGUUAGGAAAGCACAUUCCAAAAUGGCUUCUCAACUGUGCAUGGCUCUUUGAUGUUAUCAGAUCCAUCCCUUAGUUGAAUAAGCCUUUAGAAGCUGUAUUGUGCUAUUCUGAGGCAUUCGUUUUGGCAAACUUACACCACCUGGAGGAUCUUAUUUCUGGACUUCAGCUGUUGAAAAUUUGUUUUUAAAAGCAAAAUGAAAAGCUAUUUUGUUUAAGUUUAGUUUUGCAUUUUUUGUCCAAGUGAAAAGUUGUAGUGCAUUUCAUUCCUUUAAUUGCUAAACAUAUCACACAUUGUUCUUACUUAAACUGAAAACUGACCAGGGAAUUUCAAAUUCUAGGAUAUAAUACAUUAAGUGGAAAAAAUCUCCAGCUUUACCAUUUUGGUCUAGUUUUAGUGAAUAAUCCUUACUGAAUGAAAUAUUGCAGUGCUCAAACUUGUUGAUGACUUAGUGUUUUUAUCUCCCAUAGGCUGGCCAGGAGUCCUUCCGCUCGAUCACACGGUCAUACUACAGAGGUGCUGCGGGGGCUUUAUUAGUUUACGAUAUUACAAGGUAAGAGUUCUGAAUUAAAGGACCAAUAAACAAUAUGAAAUAAAUUCUUAGGAUCAGUGAACAAAUUAUGUUGGCUUCACUACCCAGUGUUGUUGGGUUCUGUGCUUCAUUUCACACAAACACUGCUUGAGUACACACUGCUUGCUACCCCUUACAUCAUUGGUUCAGGGAAUGAACCUGCUGUCUGCACAAUGUCUAUCCAGUAUGCAUUUAUUGGAAGAGAAUAAGAAAUACACUCCUUAAUGAGAACCAAAAUUAUGCUUUUGUUCAUCUAACUAUGGGAAUAGUGUAGGCUUGUCUGUUCCCAAAAUUUAUAUUUUGCAGUCAUGUGGCACAAAACAAUAGAUAAUUUAGCCAGAUCUGCUUAUGAUAUGAUGGCAGUUCAGGUCAGGCAUUGCAGACAAGAAACAGAGGUUCUUAGGUUGCAAUCUUUCACCGUCUUACAGCAUACUGGCUGUUUUUGUUGCUAUGUGAAUCUUUGUCUCUAUAAUGUAAAACAUGUUGAUAGAGAUUGCGUGGAGGGGCUGUAGGGUACUGAACCAAACACACUAACUGUGCAAAUUAUAAAACACAAGUGUUACUGUUAUGGUUGCUUUAAAACAAAGUUAAUAAAAUAUUCAUCCAUUCAAUAUCCUCUAGUUUUUGUACUGUUGUGACAAAACAUGAUAUACUACGAGUCUUGAUAAGGGUUCCAUGAUGAGGAUUGAAAUGUUGGCUGCUGUGCUGAAGGAAUACUCCAAGCACCAUGACCAUUUCCUUGAUUUGAGUAGUCAUAGUGCCCGGCGUCUGUAUGUGCAACAUUUACACAUGAAAUGCUGCACAUACAGAGAUUAGUCUCUGUGCCUCAAGAGGUGUAACUCCACCUCUUGCUGCAUCAUUUGGCAUUAUUAAUCUAGCCAGGUUGGCUGAUGCCAAUCCUGACACCUUUCCGUCCCCUCCAUGCUGCCCAUUUAUUCCCCUCAGUCCUCCUUGACAGGGAGAACUUGGCUUCGAUGCUGUUAAACAGUUUUGGCUUUCUUUAUUUUUAGUGAGGAGGGGGGUCUCUACAGCAAGUGUUACUCUAAACAAAAAACAACUGUGUGUCAAAAAAUUGGAUUUGAUUUUGUUUUUGUUUUUUGGGAGAAACUUUUACAUGAUUUGCCUUUUUGCCAUUUGGCAGGUUAUGACUCAUUUUCAUUUAAGGUAGCCUAGGCCACAGCAACUGAAGCAACAAAGAUCAACUACUCAAUAACCUUGUGUCUGUGAAUUCUGAAAACUCUCAUCCACACUCAAGAAUUUAAAAAAAAUAAUUUUAAGUAUUGGUUGAAUAAAAACAAAUCUUUAUUUUUUUUUUCCUCUGUGUAGGAGAGACACAUUCAAUCAUUUGACGACCUGGCUUGAAGAUGCUCGCCAACACUCAAAUUCAAAUAUGGUGAUUAUGCUAAUUGCCAACAAGAGGUAAACAAUUAUGCUUGUUACUUAACUUAUAGCUAGUCAGUGGAACCACAUUAGGUUUUUGGUUCCUGAAAGUGAAAAUUAUUCAGUUUUCUUAAAAUGUAUUUUUCCAUGCUUUUUACUAUUCUCUUUACUUAUCCUCACUAUUUAACAAAUAUGUUUAUAAUAGGUCUGGAAAAUAUAAUUAUAAUUAAAUGUAGAAAUCAACAAAUCUAUCCUGGAAUUAAGCUCCUUUCACCUUGAAAUAUUUUUUUUUUUUUUUUUUUUUCUCAUCAUUUGCAUUGUGUGACUGAAUGUUUAAAGGAACACUUCAGGCACCAAAGCAACUUAAUCUCAAAGUAGGUAUGGUGCUUCUAGGACCUUGGGGCCAUCCUUUAAUAUUAAGGUGUUUAACCAUUCUUAAAUCACAGUCUUCUCAAUGGGAAUCUAGUGAUAAGCGGCGACUGUCAGCAGACAGAGAGGGACAGAGUGGAUGGGCACUUUCUACACUUUUGGGUUAAACCUUUUGUCAACUGUUUAACCACUUAACAUAAGGUAACACACAGGACCUCCAGGUGCCAUAGCAAUUUCAUUGAGAAAAGGUUGACAUGUUAUGGGGGAUAUCCACAGUUUUUGUUCAGAAUUUCCAGAAAAAAGACAAUUCAGCUUUAAAGAGGCACUGCCAUGGUUUUUUUUGUUUUCCUUAUGCAACUUUAAUUUUAUAAUCCUUGCCUUUAUUUAUAUUUAUUAUCUUUUCUACCUUGCACCUAAUCUCAAUAUCAGUUUUGUUCUCCUCUGUCCAUAAUAACUGCAAUUUGCCAUUCUGUGAACUUCUUAUGAUGGAUUGUGGGUAAAUUGGCGUAACAAUUGAAAUGGGACUGUAGGUGCUAUAACCAUUUCAUCUCAUUGAAAUUGUUUAUAGUGUAUGGAGUUCCCUGGCACUGUCCCUCAAUUUAAAAGACACUGAGAAGGAGGCGGGGCCAAAGAGGGUGUGUUUUGUCAUCACUAAUGACAAGCACGCCCCCUCUCAAAGUGAGCAUGUUGGUUCAAUGCACAGAGCCCUGCUGAAGAGCUCUAGCAUGAGAAAAAGGCCCUGUAUUCUGCGCAGCGCAAGCAAAUUUAAUAACAUGCUUGCGCUGUGUUUGCUUUUAACUUGUCUCUGGUGUCUCCAUAAGUGAGAUACCAGAGGACGAAAGGACCAGGAAAUCGUAUGGUGCAUUUAGAGCCUGCUUGUGGGAUUGCGUGUAUGGUAGAGUGAGCUGAUUGUGGUGUGGUAUUGUGUAAAUAGGUCGAUUUAAUUAGUGUUUGUGGUGUAAUAUGUGUGGCUAGGUGCUGUAGAGAGUGUGUGUAAUGGGGAUGUAGCGUGUGUGUGUGUGUGUGUGUGUGUGUGUGUGUGUGUGUAGGGGUUGUAGAGAGUGUGUGUAAUGGGGAUGUAGCGAGUGUGUGUGUAUAUAGGUGACGUAGUGUGUGUGUAGGGGUUGUAGAGAGUGUGUGUUUAGACAGUGCUGUGUGUGUUUGCUUACAAGGAAUGUAGUGUGUGCAUAGGGGAUACAGAGUUUGUAUGUCAGGAAUGUUGUGUGUGUAGGUGAUCUAGUGUAAAGGACCCAGAGUAUGUGUGUGUGUGUGUGUGUAGAGGAUUCAGCGUGUAUAUAGGGUUAGGGAUCUAGCGUGUAUCUGGAGCGUAAUGUGUGUAGUGGUGCAGUGUGAGGGGUGCUGUAGUGUGUGUGUUCUUAUCUGCCAUCACAUUCUAUGUUUCUAAUUUUCUUUGUUAACUCACUGAGGGUUAUUUCAUAUAUUGUGUGUGUGUGUGGGUGCUGUGUGUGUGUGGGUGCUGUGUGUGUGUGGGUGCUGUGUGUGUGUGGGUGCUGUGUGUGUGUGGGUGCUGUGUGUGUGUGGGUGCUGUGUGUGGGGGCUGUGUGUGUGUGGGUGCUGUGUGUGUGUGGGUGCUGUGUGGGGUGGGGUGCUGUGUGUGGGUGUGGGUGCUGUGUGCGUGGGUGCGGUGUGUGGAGUGUGCUGUGUGUGGGUGUGUGUGUGGGAGGGUGCUGUGUGUGUGUGUGUGUGUGUGGGAGGGUGCUGUGUGUGUGUGUGUGUGGGAGGGUGCUGUGUGUGUGUGUGUGUGGGAGGGUGCUGUGUGUGUGUGUGUGUGUGAGGUGCUGUGUGUGUGUGUGUGUGGGAGGUGUGCUGUGUGUGUGUGUGUGGGAGGGUGCUGUGUGUGUGUGUGUGUGGGAGGGUGCUGUGUGUGUGUGUGUGGGAGGGUGCUGUGUGUGUGUGUGUGUGUGGUAGGGUGCUGUGUGUGUGUGCUGUGUGUGUGUGGGAGGUGCUUUGUGUGUGUGUGGGAGGUGCUUUGUGUGUGUGUGGGAGGGUGCUUUGUGUGUGUGAGGGUGCUGUGUGUGUGUGUGUGGGAGGGUGCUGUGGGAGGGUGCUGUGUGUGUGUGUGUGUGUGGAGGGUGCUGUGUGUGUGGGAGGGUGCUGUGUGUGUGUGGGAGAGGGUGCUGUGUGUGUGUGUGGGAGGGUGGGUGUGCUGUGUGGGAGGGUGCUGUGUGGGAGGUGCUGUGUGGGAGGGUGCUGUGUGGGAGGUGCUGUGUGCUGUGUGGUGUGUGUGUGCUGUGUGUGUGGGAGGGUGCUGUGUGUGUGUGUGUGGGAGGGUGGUGUGUGUGUGUGUGUGUGGGAGGGGUGGUGUGUGUGUGUGGGAGGGUGGUGUGUGUGUGUGGGAGGGUGGUGUGUGUGUGUGGUGUGUGUGUGUGUGUGGGAGGGUGGGUGUGUGUGUGUGGGAGGGUGGUGUGUGUGUGUGAGGGUGGUGUGUGUGUGGGGAGGGUGGUGUGUGUGUGUGUGCUGUGUGUGGGGAGGUGCUGUGUGUGGAGGGUGCUGUGUGUGGGAGGGUGCUGUGUGUGAGGUGCUGUGUGGGAGGGUGCUGUGUGGGAGGGUGCUGUGUGGGAGGGGUGCUGUGUGUGUGUGUGUGUGGGAGGGUGCUGUGUGUGUGUGUGUGUGGAGGGUGCUGUGUGUGUGUGUGGUGUGUGUGUGGUGUGUGUGGUGGGUGGUGUGUGUGUGUGGGGAGGGUGGUGUGUGUGUGUGGGAGGGAGUGAGGUGUGUGUGUGUGGGAGGGUGGGUGUGUGUGUGUGUGGAGGUGGUGUGUGUGUGUGUGUGUGGGGUGGUGUGUGUGGGGGAGGGUGCUGUGUGUGGGGGGAGGGUGCUGUGUGGGGAGGGUGCUGUGUGUGUGGUGUGUGUGGGGGGGGGUGCUGCGUUUGUGUGGGUGGGUGGGUGCUGCGUGGGUGGGGGUGCUGUUAGUGUGAGUGUAAAAAUGUUUAUUUAAAUCUGUAUUUUUUUGUAUUAAAAAAAAAGUUAUAUCCCCCUUCCCUUCUUACCUUUAGCCGGGGGGGAGAGAGGGGGCUGGGCUGCCGUGGAGGAUGGAGCCAUGCUGCCUUCCCUUGUGGUCCUAGUGGUGAAAGUGAACUCUAGCAAGAUCUGAGCUUUGCCACGCUCAGACCUUGUGAGAGGAACCGGCAGAGGUUUUUUUUAAUGUAAGAACAAUAAAGGUGUGGAAAUCUCUGCCUGAAGAAGUGGUUUUAUCAGAGUCCAUACAGAUGUUCUAACAGCAACUAGAUGCAUACUUGCAAAAACAGAAUAUUCAAGGAUGUAAUUUUUCAAUGUAGGUCUUCUUGAUCCAAGGAUUAAUCUGACUGCCAUUCUCGGGUUAAGAGGAUUUUUUUUCAUAGUUUGUUGCAAAAUUGGAAGUGCUUCAAACUAGGGAGGGGGUGCCUUCUUUUGGAUCAACAGCAAAAAACAAAUGUGAGGAAGGCUGAAAUUGAUGGAUGCAAGUCUCUUUUCAGCUAUGUAACUAUUUUCAUGUUAUUUUUUGCCCAACAUCCCAUAAUUGUAAUUUCUUUAUUAUGUAUCUUCUUCAUUUCCUUUCAAUAAAAAAGUGUAGCGCUAUAUACCUUUAACCCCUUAAGGACCGAGGACGGUUCAGGACCGUCAUCGGCAUUUUUGCGUUGCCGACCGAUGACGGUCCUGAACCGUCCUAACGGUCAGAGCUACUUACCUGAUCGCCGUCGUUCCCCCGGCGGCGAUCAGCGUGGCUCCGGUUGUGGGGAGACUGCCUGCAGCCCAGGCAGUCUCCCCACGGCAGAUUAGGACCCCUGUGGCCAUGUGAUCGCUUAACACAGCGAUCACAUGGUCACAAUAGGUGUCCUAGUGUCUGCCUGCAGGGGGACUGUCUGUGCUGACAGGCAGUCUCCCUGCUAGUGUAAAAUCAAAAAAAAAAAUAAAGUUAAUGUUAAUAAAAAAUAAAUAAAUAAUUAUAUAUGUGUAUAUAUGAUAUAUAGACAUAUAUUAUAUCUAUAUAAUAUAUGUCUAUAUAUCAUAUAUAUAAUGUCAUACUAAGUGUAUUUUAUAUUAAUAUGUACUUAUAUUAAUAUAAAAAUACACUUAUAAUUAAAUUACACACGUAUAUAUAUAAUAUAUAUAAUAACUAUAUAUAUUGUAUAUAUAUAUAUAUUAUUAUAAAAUAUAAAUAAUAAGUAAUUUAAAUUAAAUAAUUUUUUUUUUAAAUAAUAAUAAAAUUUUUAAAAAAAUUAUAUAGCUAUAUGAAAUUUUAUUCUAACUGUAUUUUGAAAUUAAUAUAUAUAUAUCAAAAUACACUUAGAAUGAAUUUGUAUAUAUAUCUAUGUAUAUUAAAAUAAAUAAAAAUAAUAAGAAAUAUACAUACGUCCAUAUACAAAAUUACAUAAAUAAUUAUAUAAAUAUACACAUAGACUUCAAAUAUAUAAAUAUGCAUAUAUAUUUAAAUUCUACGUGCGUAUUUAUGUAAUAUUUUUACAUAAUUCAGUAAUUUUAUUGAUUGCAAUUUGAGGGACCUGCCUGCCAACCCAGGCCGAAAUUCCAGAGAAUUUAAUUUGCUAGCACUGUAUUUUACCCUGUAACGUUCUACGACACCCUAAAACCUGUACAUGGGGGGUACUGUUUUACUCGGGAGACUUCGCUGAACACAAAUAUUAGUGAUUCAAAACAGUAAAACAUAUCACAGCGAUGAUAUUGUCAGUGAAAGUUACUUUUUUUGCAUUUUUCACACACAAACAGCACUUUUACUGAUGAUAUAAUUGUUGUGAUACGUUUUCCAGUUUUUAAACACUAAUAUUUGUGUUCAGCGAUGUCUCCCGAGUAAAACAGUACCCCCCAUGUACAGGUUUUAUAGCAUUUUUGAAAGUUACAAGGUCAAAUAAAUGGGUCAAAUAUUUUUACAUUGAAAAUGGCCAGGUUGGUUACGUUGCCUUUGAGAGCGUAUGGUAGCCCAGGAAUGAGAAUUACCCCCAUGAUGGCAUACCAUUUGCAAAAGAAGACAACCCAAGGUAUUGCAAAUGGGGUAUGUCCAGUCUUUUUUAGUAACCACUUGGUCACAAACACUGGCCAAAAUUAGCGUUCAAUUUAGUUUUUUUACUUUUUUCACACACAAACAAAUAUGAAUGCUUACUUUGGCCAGUGUUUUCGACUAAGUGGCUACUAAAAAAGACUGGACAUACCCCAUAUUGAAUACCCUGGGUUGUCUACUUUAAAAAAAAUAUGUACAUGUGGGGUGUUAUUUAGAGAUUUAUGACAGAUAAUAGUGUUACAAUGUCACUAUUGAUAAAUUUUAAAAAUGUAUGUUUUGAAACCACAAUAUCCUACUUGUACCUAUAGCCCUAUAACAUGCAAAAAAAAGCAAAAAAGCACGUAAACACUAGGUAUUUUUAAACUCAGGACAAAAUUUUGAAUCUAUUUAGCAGUUUUUUUCAUUCGCUUUUGUAGAUGAGUAAAAGAUUUUUCAAGUAAAAGUCAAAAAACAUGUAUUUUUUCAAUUUUUCAUCAGAUUUUUGUAUUUUUUUUAAAUUAAAAUACAUGAGAUUAUAUAAAUAAUGGUAUGUAAAGAAAGCCCCUUUUGUCCUGAAAAAAACAAUAUAUAAUUUGUAUGGGAACAGUAAAUGAGAAAGCGGAAAAUUACAGCCAAACACAAACACCACAAAAGUGUAAAAAUAUGCCUGGUCGCAAAUGUACAACAUCGCAAAAACAGUCCAGUCCUUAAGGGGUUAAAGUGCAACAAGUAUACAGAUCUGUGUUUUGAAGCAAUACUUGAAUGUGUUACUUAAAGGGAUUCUUAAGUGCCAGGAAAACAAACCAGUUUUCCUGUCACUAGAGGAUCCUGGAGUGCCUCUCUACCACCCCCCAUCCAAAGUCGCUAAAGGGGUUAAAAUCCCAUCAGCCACUUACCUGAAUCCAGCGCCGAUGUCCCUCGGCCCUGGGUAAGGCGCCGUCCACAAAAUGGCCCCGCACGCACAUAACCCCUCCCCAUAGAAAAAAGCAUUGUUCAAUGCUUUCCCAUGGGCAUUCCGUCGACGCUGGAGGUUCCUUAAUGCAUAGCAUGAGGACGUUCAGCAUCGUUUAGACGACCAAAAGUAGUCUAAGAACCCGGAAAUCCAUCUAGUGGCUGUCUGGUAGACAGCCACUAGAUGAGGACUUAACCCUGCAAGGUAAAUAUUGCAGUUUAUAUACUGAAGUGGUCUGGGUGCCGCCUACAGUGUCCCUUUAACUGGCUUUGAAAAUUUGUGGUAAACCAACAAGUAUACCUUAAACAGAAAAAUAGUAGACAAUAGUGUAAAACCUUAUUAUAUAUUUUAAUGUGCAAAAUCUUAUAUGGAACAUUCACAUGGUCCAGAGCUAAUCCACCUAGCUCUGGUGUGUAUAGCUUUUAGGUCAGUUUGGGUGACCUCUCCCUUAUUAUUUUCAUGGAUCCAUUUAUCCAGUGAUGUAUCUCAGAGUGAAAAGAAAAUUUGGAAAUAGUGUAAUAUUGCUUUAAGAGAGAAACUUAUGAGUAGUUAUAGUUGUACUCUCAAACAUGGAGCCUAAAUACUGUCUCAGUAGUAUUGUAGUUUUGUAUGGUUGAGUAACACACCACCUUAUUUAUAAGUGCAGGGACUCCAGUAAUGGUAUUAAGAAAGUAUUACUUUGUUAUAUUUAUAAAAACAACAAAGAUAGUGCAAUAUGAAAAAAUAUACCAAUAUUAUAAAGUCUUUUAUCCUCCAGAAACAUGUUUCACCAUUCGUUGGCUUCCUCAGUCCUGUACAACAGACUUCCUGGUUCCUGCUCUCGUUUUUAUAUGCCUCCUUCUAAUUUUCAUUACUUAUAGCUGAUCCCUUUGUGUUCCAAGCCUCAUUCUGAUUCUCGCUUCGACGUGACCUCCUCUGCUUGUUAGGUCGCAUCAUAUCCGGUUCUCAGCAAUUUAUUUAUAUUUAUUUCCUUACAUAAUCCUUAUUGUUAGAUGGCCCUAAUCUCAAUAAACACAAAAAGGUAAAUUACACCAAGUACUAACAAAUGUCAGAGAACCACCAAUGCAUCUUUUUGUACAAACUUCUAAAGUGACCAUCACUUCAAGACCAAUUCGUUUUAUUAGAGAAUUCUAUUGGUUUGGAAAUGUUGAUGUCAGAGAUACUCGUGGAAUGCAGGUUUAUUCUUUGUGGUAUUUAGUUUGAAUGCCUGUUACUAGCUAAAGAAACGUGGAGAUAUUUCAAAACAUGCCAAUGAUUUAAGUAAUCUUUGUUUGCAAGAAACCUCUACAUUAGGUAAGACCCAAUCAUUAAAUUUUUGUCCGCAAUUCUAAAAUAUAGUUUAUAUUGUCCCAAUUAAUUCUGCUGUACAGUGCUAAAACCAUAGCAGAUAGAGUAGCUUUUGAACCAUACCCUCACGUUUGCAGUGUUCAUCCAUAUAAAAAGCCAAAGAGAAAUUCACCUCAUGAUUUAAAAUAAAAUGGAAGAAGUUUGUUUGUUUUUUCCUGAGCAUACCGUUCUUUUUAAAAUAUAUAUGCAUUUAUCUUACAGUGAUUUAGAAUCAAGGAGGGAAGUAAAAAAGGAAGAGGGGGAAGCAUUUGCUAGGGAACAUGGUCUCGUGUUCAUGGAAACUUCGGCAAAAACAGCUUCCAACGUGGAGGAGGUAAAACACUUUGUUAUUAAGCUAUAUGACUUUCAUAGAUAGAUACAAUGUGUCACUAGUUAAUUUGCAGGACAUGUGCGGAGAUAUUUUACUUUCAAUGAUUUACACGUACAAUCUAUGAAUCCUAAAAUUAUACUACUAGCCAACAAAAAUCCACAUUCUAUUGUCUAACAUGUAUUUUAAACCAAUAUGCAGAAAUGCAAUACUUGUCUAUGGAACUUCAAACAGGUGCGGUAAAAUCCUAAAACAAAACUUUAGUUCUAAAAGAUCUGAUGUACAUUUAGGUAGUCCUUGUUAUACACUUUAUACAUUUGUUACCAGUAAUCUUGGAUCCGACGGUGAGUGAAAUGCCAAUUGUUCCCUCACAAAUCUCUGCACUGCCAGUCUACUGUAUUUUAACUUACGCCAACAUCUGGGGAUCUUAAAUUGCCAAGGCCUGCAGUCGUAUACAAAUUAUAUUUUAAGGACUGCAGUGAUUGACUUAUUUUUCUGUGCACCUAAAAAUACAUUUUCUGAUUUCUUCAGUACCCUUAUAUGCCAAUGUAUUUUCUGAUCACAGCUUCAGAGUCUCAGGAUCUGUUUAAUGCAACAUCCUGACAGACUGUUAUAUCCUUGCCCUUGAGUUCUUUAUGGAGGACACAGGCUAUAGUUCCUUAUCAAUCUUGAGGUUAUUAGUUUGAGUUAAACAAGCUUUCUUGCAGUUUUGAUAGACACCACAUGACCUCUUUGACAUGUACUUUAUCAAAUAAAUUAUAUACAUAAUCAAUAUACUUCAGCAAAAUCCUAUUGAUGGUCCUAGUGUUACAUUUAAUCUUCAUCUUGUCACUUUGCUACACUUUCUAGUUCUUUUGAUAUAUUGACUGGAUGCACCCAGUCACAAGUAAUGAUCACAAUUACCUCAUAACCAAGUACAAUUAGUGUCUUAUCGCCUGAUAUGAUAACGAGUUAGAAUUGUAACCCUGUCUCAUGUAUGGCUUACAUGGGUGUUGCUGCUUAGAAGACACCAUCAGAUGAGAUGAGGAAAGGUUCAACUUGAGAGAAGAAAUAUUGAAAACAAAAUGUGAACAAAAUAAAACCAAACCAAAUUAAAAUAAAUAAAACUAAUAUCCUCUUUAUUGGUAAUGGGAAUUUUUAGAGUUUGUAAAGGAAUUCAUUGUGAGCAUGCUUUUAAUGUUCGUAGAUAACAGAACAAAAAUUUUGUGCGAUAAUAGUUUGCCUCAAUGUUACUGUGCUGUGUGUGAGGCUAACCAGGUUAUUUACAAAAGUGAGAACUGAAAGUGAAUUUCAAAUUUAAGGCCAGGAUACCGGAAAUGAAAGCAUUGCUGAUGGUGAAUUGUUCUAGAUUAGCUAUUUUGACUUUAGAUUUGAAAUUCAUAUUAAAUGCUCACGUUGGUGAAUACCCCUGUUUGUCAGGUUAUACAGCAAGCAUCCAAUCUUUUUGUUUUUGCACUUUUACAUGAUUGUUACUUGUGCAUAUGUUUGUUUUCCCCCUAAUCAUUCUGUUCCUUUGAUUACUAUUAAAUGUUAAUAAUGUAAUAUAUAGAAUAUAGUAUUUGAAGAAUUAUUGACCAAAAUGGCAUAAAAAUUAUGGCAUUAAUUUUUAGUUGCAAUUUAACCGCUGCAUAUUAUAUUCAUUACACUCGUGGAUUUUGGAGCUAUCCCAAAAUAUGAAAACCAGACUCCUGUGUCGCUUCUAACAUGCUUCCUUAUUGCCUCUGAGUGUUGAAAACCUGCUGUGACUAUUAUUAUACACCCAACUACCUUCAUAGCUAACCUUAACUGAAUCAUCUUAACAGUAUCUGCUUUAAAUAAAAAAAAACCUUACACACAAACAGUGUAGGUGUUUGAUUUGGAGCUCCCAUUAGUCUGAAUUGUGUGUGUAUAAAUGUGCGUUUCGUUCACAAUACUCCUUUAGUGCUGCCAUAGUUUGUUUUUGUUUUUUGGGGGUGGAGGAGGAUUAGAUGAUUACUGUAAAUGUUUUUCCUAGACCCACAGACUAUUUGCACCUUAACAAUUACUGUGGGUUAUAGUGGUUAUGAUGCUUUAAAGGGACACUGUAGGCUAGAAAUUAUAUAUUUUUUUAAUGCAUGAAACGUUAAGUUAAAAAUAAUAAAAAGAUGCAUUUUAAGUCUGUAUAUAUCCAUCAAAACGCCAUGGUGUGCAGAAUUUGUAAUGAGCUUUCACCAAGCCAAGAACUGACUGAUUCAUGCAGUACUUUCUAUAUCCGGGAUAGGCAACAUGCAGCACUCCAGAUGUUGUGGACUACGUCUACCUUAAUGCUCCUACUGCCAAAAUGCUGACAAAUCAUCCAGGAGAUGUAGUCAACAACAUCUGAAUUGUGGAAUGUUGCCUAUCUCUGUUCUUCUAGGCCACUGGUUUUAUGGUCUAACCAAUGGUUCCUAGGUGUUGUAGUUACAUUUUCAUCUGCUCCUGAAGAAAGCGAACAGCUGAAGUACAAAUCCUAAAAAUAAAAAAAAUAUUCAAGACCUCAUGUACAGCAAAAAGGUAAUAUUACAGGGUGGAAGGAAGGAGAAGUAAGGGUGAAUUUAUGGAGCAAUAUAUAUAAGUGCUAAUUAAUAUUUUCAAAAAGUUAAGAUUGAGAAAAUGAAGCAUCUAAUGUAAUUCACCUAUUGCACUAAGAACGCAUUGGUGUGUGUGCCUCUUUAAGCCAAUCCCUGCCCAGCCAACAGGACUAGAACCCCUCGUUCCCACCCAGCCCCCAAGAUUACAGCCUCUCCUCUAUCCAACCCCAGAAGAUUAGAGGGUUGCAGCCUCUCUUCCUGCCCAGCCCACAUGUUUCAGCUGCUCCCACAGUAUAGCUGCUUACUACAUUCUUGACAUUAUAUUAACAAGUGUUUAUUUCAAAGUUCACAUUGUAAAUCUUUGUAACUUUGAAGCCAUUUAGCAUGGAUGGUAUAUUGUGCAAGACAAAAUAUGAAUUUAGAUAUUUUAAAAUUAGAAAAAAAUAAUUAACAAAACCAACCCUUAAUUGCAAGUGGCAUUCAAUUAAUUAGCUACUCAGAAACUUUACGCUUCCUUACCUUUUAAUUUUUUUUCCUCCUUUUUCUACAAGGGAGGCUUGGGAAGGAAUGUAGAAAGUCAGCCAGCUUAGCAGGAUCCCCCAUCAACAUGACAGCUGAAGAUUAAUUAGCAGCUCAGCAAUAAUGGAGAUACAUCCUCUCUCCCAUCCUAAGCUUUGGAUAGCAGAUUUAUCACAAAACGACAAGACACAGGAGGUCCUUUCUAAAAAGAUUACUACCCUAGCAAUACUAUACCACUCAAAUAUAAAAUAUGUCUCUAUGGAGAAUUUAAGACACUGAUACUCCAGCCAGUUUAUGUUUGUAUUAAAGGGUCACUCCAAGCAUGUUACCCACUGUAGUAGUUAUACCAGAAGUACCCUGGCCCAGUUCCCCUGUAGGAGCAAAUAUUUGAGAAUGCAGUGUAGCUCCUAAAAUCAGCUAAAUGUAAUAAAGUUGCACAGACAGGAGUGAUCCAAAGGUCUUAAAUUGCUUUAAAAAAAGGUUUGCUGUUUUACAUCUGGGAGUCUAUCUUUUGGUCACCCUUGUAGUAGUUCAAACAUUUAAAUGGACAUUCCAGGCACCCAGUCCACUUCUGCCCAUUGGAGUGGUCUGGGUGCCAGCUCCCACCACCCUUAACCCUGCAAGUGUAAUUAUUGCAGGUUUUUAUAAACUGCAAUAUCUACCUUGCAGGGUUAAGUCCUCCUCUAGUGGCUGUCUACCAGACAGUUGCUACCAGACAGCCAGACAGUCUACCAGACAGCCACUAGAGGGACUUCCGUGUUCUUAGACCUCAAAGUGUUUUAAACAAUGCUGGACAUGCUCACGCUAUGCAUGAGGACCUCCAGCGUCGUGGGAAUCCCCAUAAAAAAAGCAUUGAGGAGUGUGGGCGGAGGCUGACCCAGCACCAAGGGACAUCGGCGCUGGUUUCAGUCACUGAAGGAGUUUUAACCCAUUCUGCAACAUGGGGUGGAGGGGAGAGGGGUACUGCAUGGCCCUGCAGUGCCAGGAAAACGGAUAUGUUUUCCUGGUAUUGGAGAGUCCCUUUCAAGGACCACUAUAGGCACCCAGAUCACUUCAGCUCAAUUAAGUGGUCUGGGUGCCAGGUCCAUCUAGGGUUAACCCUGCCUGCUGUAAACAUAGCAGUUUUACAUAUGGGUUAAUCCAGCCUCUAGUGGCUGUCUCAUUGACAGCUGCUAGAGGCGCUUCCGUGCUUCUCACUGUGAUUUUCACAGUGAGAAGAUGCUGCCGUCCAUAGGAAAGCAUUUAGAAUGCUUUCCUAUGGACUGACUGCGCGCGCAUGUGCAUUCAGCUGAAGAGGGAGGAGAGUCCCCAGCGCUAAGGGAGCCUGGCGCUGGAGAAAGGUAAGUGUUUAACCCCUUCCUCCCCUUAGAGCCCGGAGUGGGACCCUGAGGGUGGGGGGGACCUAAAGACCAUAUAGUGGUCCUUUAACUGGGAAGUUUAUGAAACGUAUUUAGCACACAUGUAAUUUAAAAUCCAUUCUUCCCUGUACACUGUCUUUCUUGACUUGUUUGAUCAUAAUGCACACUUUUUUUAUAUAUAUAUAUAAGUCUUAAACUUUAGGAGAAUGAAUAAUAAUUUUGUCUUGCUCAUAACCAUUGUUAAGAAAAUUGAUGGUCACUUUAUAUAAAUAGUACCUUCUGUGCAGCCCUGCAUUGUAUAUGGACAUUUUUUUAAUUGUAGGACAACCAGUGCAUCACAAGUUCAACACAGUCUUGUAGAAGAAGAAUUUAGUGAUACAAAGUAAAACCAUGUUAAAAUACAUGCUGUGGGAACACAUUGUUAGAGUGUGUAUCUCAGAAACUGUUGCAAUAUUCCAUAACAACAUUCUAGCACUACCUACUGCAUGGUAGACUUAUAUGAUACAUACAACCUUUUGUCUGGGGAUUCCUAUGAGACACUCUUAGCAAUACAAUAAUUGGCUAUCUUUUUUAUCUUUUUAAAUACGGUUCCAAUAUGCAUGAUAUUUAAAAGGUCUAUGCCAAGUAUUUACUGACCUUUCUUACUGAUUUUUCUUCCCAAAAUGCCUACACUUCUGCUGUAUCCUCGUUGAUGUAGUUUGGUGCUAAUAGAAACUCUGAAGAAAAACUUGAUAAUUAAACUAUCACAUUGUGAAAUGUGUGCCUCUGUCACAAGAGAGAGCCUAUUGUUCUGAGGUACAUUACAGUUGUCUCUAUAACCUUUUCUCUCUGAUUAAUAUGUUAAACGAAAAGGAGCACUUUGACAAUUGACCUAGAAAAAUUGGAUCUUAAUAAAGCGUCCCUCCUGAGAAGUAAAGACCUGAACUAAGAGUUGAUUUGAAGAGAUUGCAUUCUGAUAAUGCUGUUUAAAGUCUUGGUAUGCCCCUUCAUAUAAUACGUACAGCCUUUAAUCUGGUAUUUAUGGUCACAGUUUCAGAAAUGUAAAUGCCCCCAAACUCUAAUUUAGAAAAUAUGUAGUGUACACGUCUUGCAAAUGUCAUUUAUAAAAUUAAAAUUUUAAAGGGGGAAAUCAAUACACAAAGGAAAGCUAUGGGGUAAAAAUACCCAUCUGUUUUUUUUUGUUUUUGUUUUUUUUUUAAUGCAUUAAAAAGAUACUUUACUUUUUUUUUUUUUUUUAAAUUUGAAUAGCAAAAAAAAGAUUAACUCGCCUUUAAAAGUUUCCGUUCUUUUAGUGGCUCUAAAUGUUGGUGGUGAUUAUCAGUGGAGAAAACACUCAAUGGAUAACACUACACAGGUAAAUCCCGGAAAGAUCAAUUCUUUCGGACAUAACUUAAAAGGAAUUUGAUUCGUUCAUGCCAGUGUAAACGCAUUUGUGCACAAAUCUUGACAAUGCUACAUAUAAAUAAUGACAGUGCUAUGUUUCCAUUUUUCCACAAGGUGGCAGUAUGAUACACUAAAGCAGGAUUGUGUCUGUCCAGUUGAAGAGUCCUGGACAAAGUCCUAUUUAAAAAAAAAAAAACUGGGUUUUAUAUGCAUUGCAUUAACCUAUAGGGGGAAAAAAUUAUAAAAUAUGAAAUAAAAAAACACAUUUGAAGGUUCUACAUUUCUGGCAAAAAAACAUAGACUGUGCAGAUUUUUCUUUGGGCUUGCACUUUCAAUAACAUUGCUCAGCUUCGUGCUUGACAAAUUUGCUUGGAAUCUAGGAGACAGCAAAAAAAGUUAGGAGUCAGGUUUUUCAAUGUCAAAAACACCAUUCUUAAAGGGACACUGAAGUCACCAGAACCAGUACAGCUUAAUGUAGUUGUUUUUGUGUCUAUAAUCUGUCCCUGCACACUUUUCAAUGUAAACCCUGCUUUUUCAGGGAAAAGGCAGUAUUUACAUUGCUGCCUUGUAAAACUUCUAGAGACAGUCACUCAGACGGCCUCUGGAGUGUAUCCUGGGUCACUGCUGCUGCGUAUAGCAUCUCCACGCCCUGCAUCAACGCAUCUCUGAGGAGAUGCUUAUUGGCGCAGCAUGGUGUUUUGCCACAUGUGCAAUAGCCUCCCAAUGCUUUCCUGUGGUAAAGCAUUGGAUUGGCUUAGAUCAUCAAGAUUGAUGAUCGCAGUCAUGGAGGCAGGGCCAACUACGGCAAGAUCAGUACAUUGUGGGGGGGGGGAAAGGUGAGUAAAAACCCCUUUCCCAUGUGAUUGGAAGGCGACAGUCAUCUACACACACACUCACUUACUGGCUUGCACUCACAUUUAUGUGAUUACCCUGCCUCCCUACCUGGGUUCAGCUUUCCCUGUGGUCCAGUGGGGCUUCAGUCAUCUCCCUGCACUGUUUAGUGAUGCUGGGGCCGUAAUGAAGUCAUAUUCCGGCUCCCGCAUGACUGAAUGGUGCGCAAGGGAGCAGAGCAGGGAGGUUGUUACAGCUCACUCACACACCUGCCAGUCUUCCUCAAACCUCCAGGAGCCUCCUGCCCCUGUGCACGCCAACACUCUCACUCACAAGGCUGCCAGUCUGCCCACACUCUUCCUGAGCUAGCCGACCACCCACAUGCACGCCCAUGCUCUUUAUUAGCCUGCCGGCCGCCCGCCUCCACUCAUAGACAGCUGGCCACCCCGGGGGCUGCGUAGGUGUGUGUAUAUAUAUAUAUAUAUAUAUAUAUAUAUAUAUAUAUAAAAAAAACCCUUUUGGUAACGUGUUUACCUGAUCUUUCCUCAGAAGAGUAAACUCAUAGAGAACAAAGACACAAGCUGAUUAAGUAAACAUUUAAUCUGACAAAAAAAUUCACAGUGCUGUGUAAAAAAAUACAGAAAUAAAUGACAUUGCAAAGCAGUCCAUAAAAUGGGAGAAAACAAAUCACAAGAAAUUCCUUACAUAUAUUUACCGCUUAUAUAAAAUUAUUGUGGGAGAUUCAAAUGUUACAGGUCUCCAAGUAGUUGUUGAAAAAAGAAAAUCACCCACAGAAAAUCGACAUCCUCAAUAUAUACCUAAAACUAGUUGUUUCUAAGUGGGCAGACCCAAGGGUGUACCUAGAGCAUUUGGCAACCGGGGCGGAUCAUGUGUUUGGCUUCCUUCUCCGUCUUUAUAAAAUGUAAAAAAAACACCCACGUAUUUUUUUAAUGUAUUCAAUAAUAUUUAAACUUCUGCACCCACCCUUCACAAAACCCUGUACCCCCUUACAUAAAAUUCAUACAUCACGCACCCUUCACAUAAAAACCUUGCACCCCCCUUCUAUAAAUAAAUAUAACCACCUUCACAAAUAAAACCCUGCAAACCCUUCCAUAAAUAACCCCCCUUCACAUAUAAAACCUUGCAAACCCUUCCUUAAAUACACCCCAUUCACAAAUUAAACCCUGCAAACCUUUUCAUAAAUAUACCCCCUUCACAAAUAAAACCCUGCACUCCUCUUAAAUUAAUAAAUACACCCCCACCCACCCCACAUAAAAUUCAUAUAUUCCCCUCUCCCUUUACAUAAAAUCCCUGCUGCACCCCUUACAUUGUGUACUCACAAUUAUAGAUGACUCUGUGCCCGGUGGAGAAUGCUGCUCUCUGCUCCGGCCUCAUUAAUAACUGCAUUGCCACCUUCAUGAGAGAGUGGUCCUUCCGCUACUGGAGUUCCGUGAAUGCGCAUAGGUGCUGCCCGUCGGCAUGAUGUAGCGUGCUUCAACAUAUCACUGCCUUAGUAUAGUGCUGGACGGCUGCAGACCGCACUAUAACAAUAGAUGGGGGUAAGUAGACACUGGCAGUCAUGGCCCCCCUCCCUUCCCGUGAGUGGCACCCAGGGCGAACCGCCCAUCUCCCACUCCUCCCUUAGUAUGCGACUGGGCAAACCCCUGGGUGGAUCAAAAAGGUUUGGCCUGGCCGUUUAUUGCCCACUCCAUAUUUUUCAAUUAUGUUGUCCUUUGCAGAACCCAAAGUCAGAGCACAUGCACCAAUACCUUUUAUGAUGCCCUAUGUCCAGCUCUGGUGGUGGUUAUCUAGUAGUUUUAUGGCUUAGGCCUGGUGUAAGAUCAAAACCUACAAUAAAUGGUAUCCCAACAUUUACAAAAACAACUCAUAACAUAUAUCAAAGGCCAACUCAUGCUUUUGCAGGACAGGCAUAUUAUAACAUUAAGUUGCUUUCACUGAAUUUAUAACAUUACACCUGUAAUAAAUUAUUCAUUAUACUCUAAUACAUUUGGGAUGGUGUGUCCUAUGAGCAGAUGCACAUACACGGUAUGUGCUGCUCCUUGUUUUGAGUCUUGUGAUUUUUAAAAGCAGUUGCUGGUAGUGAAAUCUUUGGCAUGUCCAUGAUAAAACCUGUAGAGGCAUGCUUAACAGCUCUAUUUCAAAAAGUUGAUGUAAUACGGCAUUUUCACCAAUAUAAUUUGGGAUAAUUUCUAAGUAUGAAUGCAUUUUGGCACUUGUCACUCCUGUUUACUAUUCCUGUAAUAAUGAAGUUGCUAGUAAUCUUGCUGUAGACUGUAUAGCCUCCUCUAACCAUGUAUGCUGAAACUAGUCUCGUCAACAAUUUGUAUUUUCAUUAAUUUUCCUUAUCUCCUUGUAUUGCUUAAUUACAUUCAUUGCAAGCUACUGUAAAUGUAACAUUUGAAGUGUAUUUAAUAAAUCAAGUUUGUUCUUCUAUUAACACCUAGAAUGGAGUGAUGUAUGCAACAUAAUAACGUUUAAUGGAUACUAUCGUGCCAGGAAUAUAAGCUAACACUAUUGAUAUCUCUCCUAUUACAUCCAUGGCCAAGCAUUUUAUAAAAAAAAUAAAAAAUUAAUUUAUCAUGCACAGUACUGAAUAUUGUACUAAUGAUCCAAAGAAUAAACAAUCUUGUCAACUGAACAGUACGGUAUAAUGUUUAAUUGUAUUUCUAUAUUUGACCAUUAAAAAGAGGUAUGAUGGUUCAUUCACUGUUCUUGUGUUAUAUGUACAGUAAUGAAGAGUAUGUAGUAGGAUCAUGCCUGUAGAUUAGAAUUGUGUGGUUUAGCUGUACACUAGAUUUUUAGGUAUUUCUCCAGGAAUUGAAGACAUUUUUGGAUACUUGCAGACGAAGAGCUAAUUUAACCCCUUAAGGACACAUGACAUGUGUAACAUGUCAUGACUCCCUUUUAUUCCUGAAGUUUGGUCCUUAAGGGAAUAAAUUGGGUGUUAUUCUAAUUUACUGCAUUAUUCCAGUUAGAUGGGAAGGUUUGUGGUUAAUUCCGUAGUUCUCUGAACCAAUAAACACCUUCUUUGCUGGCCUCUGAGAUUAUGGAGCACAGAGUGGUUAUUAACUCAUAAACUACACACAUUUAAUUCCCAAUGCAAUUAUGGGCAGAAUUGCACCUUAUGAAAUAUGGGUAAUGUCGACACGAGGGUGACAAUCUAGCAAUCCUUGGACGAUGUAGAGCCUGAGUUUCCUGCUUUCAUAGCACAUUUAGACGUGUGUUUUCUCCUCCGGUCCUUUUUUUUUUUUUUUCUCUACUCCUCUCUCCUUCCUUUCUUCUCCAUGUGGUUCUGUGUGGGUUAAUCUUUGUACUUCCUGUCUGUUUGGCUAAUGAAAAUAAAUAAUACUGUUUGGUCUUUCUGUUAGGGCAGAAGCUAAACAUAUCCUGUUUGUACAAUUGGCUUUCAUAAAGCAUCUCAUUAUUUCCAGUCACGUUCUGUGCUGUGAUUUAUAUUAUGUAGUAACACCAGUAGCAGAGUUACACAAAGCUGUGCAAUACCCUUCUAGACAGAGCUCACAAUCCCUGCUCCGUACCUGAGGCACAGUAUAUGUUGGGUCCAUAUAGCGCCCAUGUAUCUAUAAACCCCUUGUGUACCAGAAAAGAGCAAAGCUAACUCUUUAACAAAAUUGCUGGAAAAAACACACAUGAUCCUAAUGUGUUGCAUUAUAAUUUUUGCUUGACCAUUAACUCAGAAUGCCAAAAUGGUGUACAUUCUGUAUGAUGGCUUCCAUAGAUGGAAAAUAACCUUUAGCUUUAAAAUCAUGCUUGAAAAUCUGUGAAAGGCAGCCAUCUUGAAUAAUUAUUUCAAUAAUUGCUUGAUUAUUCCUCCCGUCUGUUAUUCAUCGCCAUGUUCAGGACUGCAAACUAAUUAAUUCGUUUUUCGGUGCCACUAGGGUCACAGAACUCUGCUCUGCUGAUGUAAAAUGGUCCCUAACUAGUCGGCUAAAUAUAUCUAAAUCUAUUACACUGAGAGGGGGAGGGUAAUAAGUUAUGAGCUGUUUAAUUGAAAGUGCAAAGGUAUAUUAUUACCAUGUAACUCUUAUUUUAAGAAGUUUUUUAGUGAAAUUAAAAUUGUUUCUAGAACGAACUGUGAACUUUAAUGCUUGUGAAGAAUUUCUUUUCAUUUAUAGUGAAGUAUACAUUCUAAUAAAUUAUUAGUAAUGUCUGCUUCAUCCAAAUAUGGAUCACAGUGUUAAGGGUGAGUGUCAGCUGAUGCUGUGAGUUUGUCAAUGCUGUCCAUAUUAGGACAAAGUAGACAUUUCUAAUGUGGAAAUGUAAUUUCCAUGGGGGGUGGGAAGGACCUGUAAAUGGUCAGUUCUUUAAGAGAAAUGUUUUGCUCAGCCAAAAUGUCAAUAACCUCCAGCCUGGACAACAUUUAUGGGUUGAGAGAGUUUGGCACAUACUCCUAAUUGAUGCUUUGGAGGUUAUGUCACUGCUUUAGCCUUAAAAUAUCACAUAAAGUGUGCACGGUAUUAGAACUUUAAUUGACUUUUAGAUUCUUAACAUUUAAACUUAACAUCCUCCCCUCCCUCGUGACUUAAUUGCCCACCUAAAUUUCCAUGUUUGAUUAACACAUUUACUUUUGCUUAUAUCCUUCUGUGUACACAUUGUUCUUGGAAAGGAUUGAUAACACAGUAGUUGAAUACAGCAGGUGCAUUUGUGUUUGUAACUUUUUUUUUUUUAUGAACUGUCAUAAUUACCACAAUUGUCUUUUUAACAUCCGUGCACUUUUCACUUGAUGUGCAUGUUCUUUAAUGAUUCCACAUACCGUUAAAUGUUAAGAAUAGCUGGGCAGUUUCCACGCCCUGGCCGUGUUAGCCUCCAGCCGUUUUUCAUUUACCAGUUUGGUGUUCUUUCUACCUGUGCCAAAAUGUGCAAUACAUAACAAAUUGGGCUUUUAGGAGCCAAGAGUAGAAAAUAGGCAGAAACAUGAAACCAGACAUAGCUCGUGGAAACAUAUAUUUUUGUAAUUUAACUUGAUGCGCGUUGAAAGACUGAAUGUAUAGCGUGGAACAGUAGGGGAAUAGGAAGGUAUGUUAGAGUAAGUGGUGCAUGUGAUUUUAAACAUCUGGGGCUGUGGACCUACUGCUGCAAUGGGAUUCAUCUGUUACUUGUUCUCCAACAAAGCUGGUUUGUUUAAACUGGCGACAACAUAAUGUGGUCUAAAAACCAUUUUCAUGUAAUUUUUGAUGUCAGUCAUUCUAAAUUGGAAUUGUCUGAUGUUUAUUUGUGGGUAAUUGCGGCUAAACGGUAUAUUGCUCUAAAGUUACAGUAAUCCUUUCUUGGCAGUGUCACACUUACAGUAGAAGAUUUGUAGGUCCAUAAAUCAGCAUAUAAUUUCUCUUGACCUAAAAUAAACGGAGCCCUUAGACUUAAUUUAACUGAUUUCCCCUGUAAUGAAACAAGGGAGGGAGGAAGUGCAGGGAAAGCUAGAAUGCUUUCCUCCAUGUGCCAGUUGUUAAGUGCUUGUUUACAUGAAGUUAUCAUAACACAUUUUCAGGAUUUCAUGGCUCUGUUUAAUGUUUUAGUUAAUGUGAAAAACUGAACACCCCAUAAGGAUCGCAGCUGGUUGGAUUUAUGCAGCUUUUGACCGCCGUUUUCAAUUAGCAUGGUUUGUUAGGCCAUUGCGAUAAUUGGUAUGUUAAUCGCAAGCGCAUUUUUUACCCCCCAUCCCCACCCCCCAUCCCUCUUAUUUUUAAAAUUAAAAACUUCCAUUUCUGAGGAUUGUGAAUCAGUUCACAACUGGCACUGAGCCAGGUUUUCCUCAACCCAGCAGCACGCUUGGAAAAAUGCACUCGCUUCUCUUAAGUGCUCGGCGAAUCUGUGAUGAUUAAUUCCACUCAUUAUUUUGCUGCAAAUUCUCCUGACCUCACCAUGAUGAUUCGAUCACCCACUUAGAGCACAUGCAUAUUCAUACUGCCCUGCUAAGGCUGCACCCAGCCUCCAUCCCCGUAUUUAGCUGCGGCCUGAGCCUGGUGCAGUAAUUGAGCUGCAGUAGAUUGAUUGCUCUGGGGAGCUGUAAGGCCUUUAAAGGUGAAAACAUAUCAGUCCUGUUAAUUAGGAAACAAAGCUCUGGUGGCAAGUUCAACAGUCAAACUCUUCCAUUGUCGAAAUGAGGAGAACAGUGAUGGGUUUCCCAUCAUGAACCUUGUUUACUUUUUAGAUGUGAUUUAGCUCCUUCUUCUUCACACACAUUGACUGAUAUUUCUAUCACAUGUUUAUGGUACAAGAGUGUUAUGGAAAAAAUAUAUAUAUUUUUUUCAAAUUAACAUGAUUAAAUUAUGAAUAAUUUUGUGUGUAUGACGUGCAGGCUAAAACCUGGGGGUUCACAAAAUUUGUAAUGUUUCCCUGUAGUUUUGUGUUGAUGUUUUGAGGUACAUAAAUAAUGUUAUAUGUAACAGUGUGCUUGCUCUGAAUAAUUUAAAAUUAAAAAAAUUUACGAAUUUUCAGAAACUGUAACCUGGGUGUUAGCUAGACUUGUUAACAUAUUUGGCACAGGGUGCUAAGAGUGCGUGGAAAUUAAAUGUGUCUCUUUAUUAGCAGGCUUACCUGUUAAUUGUAAUUAUAUUAUAGAUGCAUUGUCUAAUGUUUCUGCUGCCGAUAAUAGCGGUAUGUGUGACUUAGCACGUGUUUCAUCACCCAAAAGCAUUUUUUCAUUUAACUCAAAAUAUAUAAAGUUGUGUGUGUUUCAAUGGAUACUUGCGAAAAAUACUGUGGUUAAAAAAAACCCUCUUCCUAAACAAAUCCCGAAAUGACUAGUUCAGUAUUGGUGGCUACUUAGUCAAGAGCCCAAACUGCAAAGCAGUUACUCCAGCAAUGUGAAAAGGAUCAGUCUUUUUAAUAGAUUAAAUGGUAUGACAAUUGACUGUCAGCGUUUGUGGGUGAUCAGUCAGAGAUAAUUUGCAUUUCCCCCAGCUGACCUGAAUUAUAAAUAGAAAAGGGCUAUCUGGCCUAUAUUCUAGUCCGGUUAACGUUUAUAUUCCGUUAUUAAACUUCUUUAAAAGUUGCUAAUGGAGAGUGAGUGCAUAUUGCUAACUCAUUGGCUUCAAAAUUACUGUGAACUAGUGCCCCCGUGUAAGUAGUGAAACCAUUUAACAGUUUGACUUCUUACCAGGGCACUUCUCUCUGCAGCCGUAGGCUCUCUUCACAAAGCUAAGCCUGGCUUAGCCUAGGAGAGAUAACGGAAGCUCGUUCUAGGAGCAUCUGGCUGCAGAGAGGCUGGAAGCGGCACCUGGCACACCCCAGUUAAGAAAUCAAACUGUUUACAAAAGGUUUGACUACUUAUAUUGGGGGAAGGCGCAAGGUCACUCCUAGCACCAUAGCCAUUACAGUGCACUGUAGUGUUUAUGGUGCUUGGAAUGUUUCUUUAACUCUUUCCCCGACAGGAAAAAAAAGUCUUGAGUCUUUUUAUUCUGGGAAGGGGCACAGUGGGAGUAGGUGGUUUUGUUUUUCUUAUUGUAUUUUUGUACUUUUUCUAUAGGUAGAGAGCUGGCAUAUAGACAAAAUCUAGGGCAGGUUUAUAGACCUAAAAUAAUUAGCUGUUUUGUCAUCCAAAGGAGAAGGAAUGGUUAAACUGUUACAUCAGGAAAGUAAUAUGUAUACUGGGUAUAAUUAUUCAUGGCACAGGGUGACAUUUGAAAUCACUUGUUUUUUUGUUUUGUUUUUUGUCUUUGCUUACCUAGUCAGAAUGCCCAGCCAUUAUUUUAUAAGCCUCUUACAGUGAGUUAGCCAAUAAGGAUAUCAGUCUCCUUUUAGCUCUGUAUCUCUGUGGCUAACACAAGACCAAUCUUAACUUGUGUAUAUUACAAAAUAAUACAUUACUGUGAGUGUUAUUGCUGUGGAGCUCUGUUAUACACUCAGACUCAACAAUAAUAUGGAGCUCCUAGAAAAAUAAAAUAGAAAAGAGGGACAGGGAUUUGGGCCCUGAAUAGGUAUACUUGGAGGCAUGUGCCUGUAUUUCAUAUUUACAUCAGUGAGAGAGGCAGUAAUUUACUGUUGCAAUGAAUAGAAGGAGCCUAUUUAGUAUCGCAUAAAUUGAUAUGUGAAAGUUCCUCUGACCAGAAUUGUCUAGAUGCUUCACGUUGAAAAUAUAAAGCCUUCAUGGUGAGAUAUAUGCCAUACAACUAACUGGGUAAAUUUACACCCUAUGUCACAAACGGCUGUUUGAAUGCUUUUCGUUUCAUAUAUGAUUGUGUAAUUACUCUACAUUUUUCCUAUUGAACUGUGAGCUCUAUCAUCAUGUUGGGCAUUUUUAAAUAAGCUUUAAUGUGGCCUUGUCAUUUUAUUUAUUCAUUCUACUCAUGCAUGGGUACAUUUGAUUGGCUAACCAAAUCUGAAAUGCAAGCUCUGCCCUUUUUGUCGAUGUGACUGCCAUACACAAUGUAAAAUAGUCGCUGUAUGUUAUGAAACUCAAGAUUUCAGGAAACAAAAUGUAGUCAGACACAGCAAGUUAUAUAGAAACAGACUAGAUAGCAUGUAUGUUUAGUGACAGAGGCGCUUUAAGUAUUGUGGCACUUUACCUGCAUGUGAUAUAGUUCCAAAUGACUACCAGCAUUUUAAAAAUGUUAUAAUGAUGUAAAAAAAAAAAGGGGGUGCCUAAAGGUAGAUCCCCAGAUAUUUUAAUAUUACACCUUCUAUAAUGCUAAAGGCAUGCAAAGCAUUAUGGGAGUUGUAGUUCUACAUCAUCUGGGGAUCUACCUUCUUGGGCACCCCGAUCUUAAACAUCUGCACAAAUCCUCUACAAUUACAUAUAUUGUGUCCCUUCCAUUUUGUACUCUGAAGGAUUCUGGGUUAAUACCCAGGAAAAUGCAUUGCGGACUAUGCUUCCUAAAGUAGUUUGUUAUACAUACACCAACAUUCACAUCAUGAUAUUGCAGAAAUGUACAUUUUAUGAGGACAUUGUUCUAUAUAAAGUGUAAAUAAACUGGAAAUUUAAUUUAAUAUAGUUAUGGAAAUGCACUGAUGUCAUUAUACAGCAGCCAUAAAAUUGAUUUUUCCGUUUUAUCUUAAAAGUAUUUAGUGACAACAGAAAUAGUGACUCAUGCUUUCUGGCUUUGUCUUGUAACAGGUGUGGAUUUGGGGGAAUAUGGAUGAUAAUAAGCAUGCUUGAGUUUCAAUUUUUAUUUUAAAUAUAUUUUCAGCUAGAUGGCGCUAUACUCAAUGCAAAGUAACCAUUAAAAGUGUCAUCUUCCCCCUCAUUCUCUCUGCUCAAGCAUAGCAUCUCUAGUGUCUACUGUCCAAUGUUACUAAGGUCACUAUUAAUAUUUAAUGGCUCUGCUGUGGCAGCAGUCAGCUCGUAAAAGUGUGCCUACUAUCUGUUACUGUGGUGACUUCAUAGCUGUAAUUUUACCAUUGGUUCACAGAGCUGCCUUCUGACAAUCCAGGAAGAUUUUUUUGACUUUAGAAUCAAUGCUACAAAAUCUGCUUUAACUCAUUCCUGGUCAUAAUCUGUUCAUGGGAAAGCGUAUGCUGUUAACACACCACCACAAAAGAAUAAUCCUACAUAUUCCUACACGUCAGGGUUUCUUCAGUGCAGUCCCACUCAGUAUAUUGACAUUUAAUCUGCGCAUGCAUAUAUUAUGCAGAGUAUAUCGUUUGUAUAUUCCGCAUUCUAUAUAUAUGUGUGUAUUAUAAUAUGCAUUCUAUAAUUGUUAAAACAUUUUAUAUAGCUUUGUAUAAAAGAAACCCUGGUAAAUAUCCGAUAAAUAUUUAGUUUUUUUGAAUAUUAAUAAAUAAUAUAGGUUUUGUUUUAUUUCCUUUAAUUGUGCGCUGAUGUGAAACUAUACAUUUUAGGUCUGUGCAUUUGCAAAUUAAACCUGUGGGAAUAGUCAUUCUGAUUUUAUAGCAUAUCUGCUAGGAGAGGUGUGUUUUUAUUUUUAUAUCCUAUUGUUGUAAACGGUAAACAGUGUGAUAUUAAUUAUAAAGGAUAGAUAGGAUUUUACAGAGCUUACCAGUUAGUAGCUCUCCAGCUGGUAACUGGAGUUGUGCAGCUGUGGAUUUUUCCAGCUGGUCAGACCUGCCGUGUAGCAAUGGAACUAGCCGUUAUGUCUCAGUACACACAGCCUCUCACAUAUCACCGUGGCCGAGAACCCAUCAUACCUUCUUAUAGACUAGAGAGCCCAAACCCCGCACUGUUUGUGCCGCUGCAAAAAAUGAAUCAUGACAAAACCACACUUGUUUCGUGCCUUGUAAAUUGCAAAGCUAAUUAUUUAAAAAGGAGGUGCCAUGCUACCACCCUUGUUAUGCUUGUAAUAUUAAAUGUCUUUUCACAUAGUGCAGCUGAUUUAAUCCUCUUUGUUUUUACAGGCCUUUAUAAAUACAGCAAAAGAAAUCUAUGAAAAAAUUCAAGAAGGCGUAUUUGACAUCAACAACGAGGUACUGUUUACAUGUGUGGUCUCAAGAUUUUCUUCUUAGUCUACUCUUUUGUUUUAAUUACUCAUUGAAGUUUUUACUAUUUGCAGCCAGUCAUGAAAAUAUAGAAGCAACAUCACUCUAACAAAAACCAGUCCAUUUCUUUAUUUCCCUUUUUUUAGGAACAGUUGAUAAUUGUCAUUUCCAGUACUCGGAGCUUUGUUAGUUAUAGCUCGUAUAUAGCUGUCACAGCUAUUGUCACACUUUCCCCUAAAGAUGACAACAAAUUUUGCGCUUUGUAAAACCAUGAUGCUUUGUUAUUCCCUUGGUGAAAUUAAGCUGAAUUUGGUGAAAUGUUGGUGAAAUUUAGGACCAUACACAUGCUUGCAAAGUUAUGUAUCUAUAUCAACCAGUUAAGUAGUUUAAGUACGUCCUCUGUUAUCAGAAUCAAUUUUUGUACUUCAGUUACUGUCUCGACAUGACCUUUUUGAGUGCUCAUAGCUUAUAAGUUGGGGACAUCCUUAAAAUACUAGUUGGGCAGCCAGAAGAGUGGGCCUACAGUUAAUAGUCUCCUGAAAUUCAAAUUCUAGCGGUCUGUUUAGUUUCCAGUUAAUGGAUGUCAGUGGGUGCAAAAAACGGUGCGCGCAAAAGUUACCCCAUGUAUGCAGUUCACUCAUAGUUUUAGUGUGCAACAUCAACAGGCUAUUCAUAUGACUGUAUCAAUAGCUGCUGAUCAGUAAGCACUGAAUAUUAUUGGUGCACAUCACUAACAAACUGUGAAAAAGGUAUAGAACGAUAUCAGAUUAAAAUCUUAGCAUAAUAGAGAAGUUGGUAGCUGUGCCAGUACAUGAGAAUGACCACAGGGAGGUAGAGUGGAGGCAGCCUCCUAUUCCGUGUCCAUGAUGCUUCAGGGGGUUAAGGGUUGCAGAUAUUGGCAGAGCAUUGUGGGAAAACUCCAGCAGCCCUGCAGCUGCUUACACUACAUGUGGCCUGUGAGUAAAUGGAGGACUUAAAUUUCAAGCACUAGUUGUUCCUAAAGCACAGAUCUAGCAAGGGUCGCCACCUGGCUCAGUUCUGACUAGCACAGGAUUUGUUUCUCUUUUGUCUUCUUUUUCUUUAAGACAAGGUUGACUGCUGGUUUUGGAUCAUUAACAGUUUGCAGUCUGCCCAAAUACAUCCCACCCCACCCCCGCCAGGCUUUGCUGUUCCUAGUUAGAUCUUUGAAGUUUUCCUUAAUCUGCCCAUACCUAUUCUUUAGACAGUCGCUAGGCAUUUGUUUUAAAAUAGGUUGUGCUGUGGAGGAGUUUAAAGUUUAACCAUUGCCAGAAAGUAGUUCUGUUUGGAGAUUCUUCCAUAUCAUCCUCUUUAUUACUCUGAACAUUCUCCAAGCUUCUCUGCUGCAAUAAUUAAAUACAGUUCUGCAAAGUGUUCUGUUUUUGUUCUCAUGAAUUUCAUUUGGGCUUCUGCAAAAAAAAGUAAUUUUUAUUUUUUUAAUUUUUUUUAAAUGCAAUGGGAGGUGUUUUUGCACAACACUGGGGUUCUGCUUUUUUGGGCACCCCUGCUUGUAGGGAGUUUUUCCCUGGAUUGAAAACUAAAUUUCAGAAACACUAGCAGAUUUGGAAAUAUUCAAACUCCAAUAUAGUCACAGUUUGGUUAGUUUAGUUUACUGUUUUGUUAAUCAGUUCACUAACAUUCAGUGUUUAGUGAAUACACUAAAGAUUUUAUUUACUGCGAUAUUUAAUACAGACAUAUUUGGCUUAAAGGGACACUAUAGUCACCAAAACAACCUUAGCUAAUUGAAGCAGUUUUGGUGUAUAGAGCUUGCCUCUGCAGUCUCACUGCCUAAUUUCUUGUCCAUGCAGCACUAUCAAUACCUCAACUGACUGUGACUGACACAGCUAGCAUAAAAAAGGUUACAUUUUCAGUCAGCUGUUAACUUAUUUUAGAUGUUUUUAUUUCCUGUCCUGUAAAGUGAAUUUUUAUCAGACAGGAGGCUCCUGCAUUUUCUAGAUUAGAAGGCUAUUCUCAAAGCAGAAGAUAAAUUCUAAAUAAACAGAAUGUACAAUAAAUAAAGUUUCAACAUUAAAUCUCUCUUUACAGGAUCUGUUUUAAAAGACUGUGUUCGUCACAUGCAGGGAGGUGUGCUAGGGCUGCAUACACAGUGAUUUCACUCCUGAAUGGAGUGAUUGAUCAGUGAGACUGCAGCGGCAUGAUCGAUCUACUAAAACUGCUUAAUUAAACUAGAGUUGUUUUGGUGCCUAUAGUGUCCUGUGAAGUAGAUGGAGCAAGUAAUAGAGCAACAUUAUUUGACCUUUUGAGUUCCACAAGGGUGAAUGACAAUCUGCAAAAUAUCAUAUAGAAUGAAUGCUGACACACAACAUAACCUAAAUUUUUCUUUUCCAAAACCAUUUUUAUUGUGAAUGCAUGGUACACGAAUAUAACACGAGUGACAUUAUCAUGUAUGCUUUUAAGCUGUUAUUCGGUAAGUUACAUUCACUAUUUUGCGGUUUUCUCAACAUAAACAAAACAGAAAAAACAAGCAAACAAGAGUUAACUUAUCUCGGAUUUAACCCUCUGACUCCCAUAUGAUUUGCUUAAAUCCCUUUGCAACAUGUCUGCUAAUGUAAUAAUCCUUUAUAUUUAACAUUUAUUACCCCAGUAAACACUGACUUCAGUAUGGCUUAACUUGUUACCGACUUUAAAUAUAGUCUACACACAAGUGCCGCUACAACGUGGUAUGUGUGCAUUACUUAAAUAUCCUUCAAUGGUCCCCCUCACUUGUUAGCAUUCUCCUUUAUGAUGCACUGCACUUCCUAUCCUGGUCUUAUCAGGCACACUCAGUGCUGCGUGCCCAUGAUUAACAAAAACACAGGCUGGAGAUGUACCUCAUCUUCUCUCCUUUAUUACACUGUGCCCCACUCUUAGUAUGUUUUGCCCUGCUUUCUGGCUGACCACACCUCCAUUAUCUUUCCUGUGUCUCCGCUAUUAUCUCAUUCUCUUUGUCUUGCUGAGGGAGAGUGGAUAUGACCCAUUGGGGGAGGGGAGAUAAUCCAUUAUUCUAAGCCACCAGCGCGUAAAUGAAAAAGCUAUUGGAAAGUUAGGCAGGUUGUAGUUCGUUUGUUGCAGAAGUUUCUUGUUUCUGCGCAGCCUAUUACAGCACCUGACUGCUUUGCAGUCUGGAUCUCUGAUUGCAGUCCGCUGUGAAAGCCAGCCGUCUGUGCUACUUGCUUGGCUUCAAGCCAAGUCUGGCUCUUGAAGUUCUUAAGGAGUUGCUACCAGCUGAGCGGGGGCAAAACCAAUGGGCCAUAGGGCAUGCUUUUUAUUAAAGGGAAGUCAAAGAAAGCACAGAAACCACAUCAGCUGUUGUCAAUACCGAGCAACUGCCAGAAACCCCAAGGCUACUACAGUUGCAGAGCAACUGCCAAGCACUAUAAAUCUGAGAUUUACUGUGACGCAAAGUUUCCUUAAGAGCUUAAUUUCUGAAAGCUACUGUAUUACUUCCCUCCUCCCCCCUCUAAAGUGCUGUGUUCUUAGGUGAAAUCCACUUGAGGGAGCGAGCGUUAAGAUAUAAGUGUGAUCUUGAUGAAUGAAAGGAGCUGCUCUGUGUGUGGGUUCUUGGCAGCCUGCCAUAUCUUUGGGGAUCAUAGAAAUUAUUGAUGACACAGAACACUUGUGUGCAUCUACUCUCAACAGCUGACUCAACAUGGAAAAGAAAAAUGCAGUCUGGAGAGAGAAAAGUUGAAGGAGUUUUCUGGGUUUCCCAUUUUAGAUUUGUUUAGGCUGCUGGAAGAGCUUUUCGUCUCUGCCGGCCAGAGGCAGAGAGGAGUGGUUUCCUUACUUUAACCCGAUGUGGUCGAGAAGGCUGGGAGACAGACUGCUGUAUGAACCACAAAGUGUUAACAGAUUACAACCCAUUCGUAGUCAUAACCAGAUAAAGUAAAGCUGCAGUUAGAAAUCUGUAGAUGCAAAAAAAGUGAAUUGUUUAGGGUGCAUUUUGUCAAAAAAUUUAUUUUUAACCUCAUGGUUUAUACAUUGUGCAAUACAUAUUCAUCUGUUCAUUCCAAUAACCCUUUUUUUUGGGGGGGGGGGAUGAUAAAUGAAUCUGAAGAACAUUUUGCAAAAGACCAGCUAUUGUCACAAAUAAAAUAACUUUAUACAAUUUUAUAUUUAUUUUUAUAUAUAUAAUUUUUUUAAUAGCAAUACAAUUAGAAAAUGUUGAUAAAUUAUUAUCUUGAAUGAGGAGAACACAGAAUAAGCUGUACACAUAACAGAUUCCGAGCUUUAGAAACAUUCCUUAGAACUUUGUGAUGUAACUAUACAUAUAUGGUAUAGCGUUAUAUAUGUACGUGAUAGUGAGCAGAUAGAGGAUACUGUGAAGGACAUUAGGCAGACAAGGCAGAACUGCCCAGAAGGGCAUACAAUCUGUGCCCUUGUAAUAUACUGUUGGCUGCAUUAUAGAUAGUUCUGGUUUUGGAUAAGGUUAUAUUGUAUUGACACAUACAUUAAUUACACACAUGCAAAACUGGAAAUAUGUUGCUGGCCUUGUCAUAUAUUCAAAAAUUCCAUAAGAAUUGUUUUUUGUUUAUUUUUUCUUCUAUUUCAUUCAAUUUUUUUUUGUGAAAAGAAUGAUGGUGUCUACAAACUUUUCAAAUUUAGUCAAAUUGAUGCAGAAAUUAUAUAUUUUUUUUUUAUAUAUAAACAAUGUCCUAUAAAACUCAAGAACUGCCUCCCUCAAACUAGUCUAAUUUUUAAGGUUGAGUAAAUCAGUAAGGAAGGAGGUUGGGCACACACACAAAUUGGUUUACGCUUUGUUUCUCUCUCUUUAUACAUGUAUGUGUGUGUAUAUGUGUGUAGAAAUCUGAUAGACCGCAACAGCUUGGUUAGCCAAAUGCCCUCUCCUCGGCUUAAAUUGUUUGAGUUUUUGGAAAUUACAUUCUACAGUAUUUCAAAACUCUUACAGAGAGGGCAGUUAAAUUACAACUCUCAGAAACACUGGGCACAAUUAUGGUCUUCAGAAUGACAUAUUAUUCUUGGUGCAGCUUAUUGCAGAAACUGCAACGACGGGCAUUUGCAGUAAAUACCUAAACAUCAAAUGUGAAUAUCUUGUUUAUUAUUUUGAAUAUUUGGGUUUGCAUAUGCUACACAAUAUCAUUAAAGGCUUGUGAAUCCCUUUAACAAUAUAGUCAAUUAUUAUAAAAUGAAAUAAGUGUGAUUAUUUGGUGGAUUUGUCAUAUAUUAUUGUUCUCUAUUUUAGGCAAAUGGCAUUAAAAUCGGACCACAACACUCAACACCUGGAUCACCCGGUUCGCAUCUUGGUGGACAACAGGCGGGUGGAGGUUGCUGUUGAACCAUUUUUCCUUCCGAAGAGCCUAAAUAGGCCAUUUAUUGUCCAUAGGCCAUUUACUUCUUUUACCUUCUCUUUCCAUUCCCUGUAUCCUCCCCAUCCCCUUCCAGUUUCGAUGUUCACUUUAAAAAAAACAAAAAAAAAAAAAAAACGAAAGAGACAUAUUUUGGAAAUUGUAUUCAUACUGUAACUAUUUGCUUUUUGAUUUCUAAGUUUAUUGAUUGUGAUUGUUAUUAAAUGUCGUCUUGUUCCCUUGACUAAAAACUGAAUUGUAUUAACACUAACCGUUUUCGGAGUAUUUUAAUUAGUUUGUGUAGGUAGGAUUCAGAGCUUUUGUGGUGACCUGUCCAAGGGCACACAUCAUUAAAAAAAAAAAAAUGAAGGAAAAAAGGGUUUUUCUGUCAUCAUAUUUAUAAAUUGUAGGAUUACAAGCUAUUUUCUGAUCAUGUUCUACCUUUCUACUCUGACAUCACCCUAUCACAGGAAUAGCCAAACAAUAGCUCUCCAGCUGUUACUACAAUGAGCAUCAUUAACAGCCAUCCAAAAGCUAUUACAACUUUUAGGCCAGUGAUCGCUAAGCUUGGCACCCCAGAUAAUGGAUAUUUCAUUUCUAGCUCAAACACUCCAUAUCUGGAAGACCCAGGAAUGUAGUUCACAAAUGGCUACAGUGCCACGGUUUAUAUCACUGGUACAAGCUUUGCUCCUAUUUACUAAGGUCAGUUAAACGCACACAGUAAUAUAACCAUUAACUGAGCAUUUUGCCCGUUUGAUAGUAUUUCUCUUCUUACAGCAAACUCUUACCCUCUUCUGAGCUUGACAUUAUAGCAGUCAUAGGGGAGAGCAAUCAUGUCACGAUUCAGUUCUUAGGCCAUUUUCUUCUUUCUUAUUGCAGUAUCACCAUACCUGGCUGAAGUUUUUACUGCACAUUCUCUACUUGUUGAAAGUGAAAGGGGCAGUCUAUACACGGCAAUUUCUAAUGUGCCGUAGGAGAUAUUGUGAUAUAUAAUGAAAACAUCUGUAAAUAGCAAAGAAAUUGGUGUUAUUAAAUAAAGCUUAUGGUACCGUAUAUACUCAUGUGUAACGUGCACUUUUUCUAUAAUGAAAAUACAUUUAAAAAUUUCCAAUGCACAAUCCUGACAUGAAUGAAAUGAGACAAACAUAAAGCAAGUUAUAUCUGUAAUGAAACUGGUUCUGAUUUUUCCUGUAUUAUGUUAUAUCAUUUUUGUAAGUGUGAUGUGCAAGAUAUCGUUAUAAGAGACUUUUGUUCCUUUGGUAUUAAACCAAACCUAUGUGUUUCUUAAAUAUGUUUGGUCUCUUCAUCUAGCUAGAUCUACCACUAUGGGUAAAGAAUCCACAUUUCAUAAAUUAUAUCCAAUCUUUGUCUACAUAGGGUUCUUAAUGUUAAUAAAUAGCCUAGUUUAUCAUUAAUGUUUUUAAUUGAACAGAUUAAUUGAAAGUUUUUCAGUUAUGGUGGAUAAACAGCUCUGGUUUUUUUUACGGUUAUAAUUUCUAUUCAUUAAAAUGAAUUUUUAGUUAUCCCCAGUAGGAGAUAUGGUAUCUGUGAUUUUAGACAUGUUUUUUUAUUUUGGGGGGGGAUGGGGGAGGGGAGUUCUCCUCUCUUCAUACCACAUUAUAAUAAAUACGACAUGUCUUGUGUACAUACUGAUAUUAAUCAGAAUAUUAUUUUUUUUUGAUGGUUUGGAUAACUGCCCACAAAUGAGAGGAUGGUUAUGUGGCAGGAUAAAGCCUGUGUUGUAAUGCUGCUCUGUUUAUUGGCCAGUAUUCAUAACAAUGGUUUUGAAAGUGCACAGGUUGCAAACAAUUAAGUCAAUGCCGUUUUUGUUACAGAAUGUUAGGAUCACACGGCGUAUGGAAUCAUUUUUUUAUUUAAAUUUUUUAAACUUGCAUUUGAUGGAUUCAUCUUUACUUAUAUUUAGAAUGUUAGUUCUUACCGUAGACCCGUGAGAAGUCCUCCUGUGUGUAUGGACGUGCAAGUGCGCUCGUUGAAGGAAAAAACGUGUUUAUAUUUGCAGUUUUCUCACAUUAUCCAGAUGUAAAGCAUCUGAUAUUUCCUCAAAGUACAUGCUAAAGUUAUUAAGGAAUUAUCACAUUUUUCAUCAGGCUUCCUUCUGUAUCACAAUGCGAAAGCUUGAAACCGUGUGUUUACCUGAUACAAAGCAACAGCUAAUGUCAGGACAUGAUCUAUUGUGAGCAAAGUUUGCAACUUACAAAAUCUUGGUCACCCUCAUUUUACAUGUCAUUAAAUAAUUUGGUGAAGUGAAAUAUCUCGUUUGUGCUUUCUAUGUCCUUUUAUUGAUGUACAUAUUAAAUCUGCCCAAAUAACUAUACAAGCCUGUCAUGGGUAAAUACGGUAGCAUCCCUUUUAACACCUGCAUGACAGAUAAAAUGCCAGGACCAUCAUGAUCUGAAGGGAUUUUGCCCACGCCUUGCAUGAAAGAUCCAUAGUUUUUCCUAAUGUUUUGUGGUGGUUUGUUUAAAAAAUGUUUUUAUCUUAUUCUUUGUUUUUUAAUUCUCUAUGUAUUGUUUUGUUGUUUAAUUUUGCACUUUCCAAUAAUGUGUCUAUCAUUUACUCCAUGUAUAUAUAGUAGAAUAUGCUUUGGUAUAUUUUCAAUUAAAAAUAAGUUUUUUUGGGAAUUUACAGCAAAACUAUAGCUUUAAAGCAUCACUUUAGGCACACUUUAUCCAGUUGAAUUGGUUGUGGUGCCUGGAGUCCCCUGGCACUGUCCCUGCCCCUGCAUUCAGUGUUCAUCUAUUCAGAAGUGGGUUGAGGGUCCUUGCACAGCCACAGCUUGGCCCUGAAUGGUGGUAUGGCUAAUGACUGUGAUAGCCUUAAUGCAGUCAGCUGACAGUCUCCAGAAGAAUGGGUUGCCAGGGUCUGUCGUUUAGCGUUAAACCAUUCAAAACUGUUUAACACUGAACGGUAGAACAGCAUCAGGGGACUCGACACUGUAACCACUUCAGUGAGACUAGUAGUGCCUAGAGUGUCCUUUCAUAUUGCUUCUGUAUUGAAAUUAAAGCAUAUUUAAACUAUUGGCAUGUUCAUCCCCCAAAAUAAUAAAUGUCUGAUGUACUUUAACAGAACAUGUGUACUUGUUUAAUUCGGUAUGUGCCAAUGGCUUGGGGAAACUAGCUUGUAGGAGAGCAAAAUAAAUAUUAAUCUGUGUAAGUAUAAGUAAUUUCUGCAAGCAACAUCCUGUAUACAUAUUGAAAAUUAUAUAUAUAUAUAUAUAUAUUUUUUUUUUUGGCACACAUUCACUUAUUCAUUGAGAUCUGUGUUGAGGUAGACUUUAAUUCAUUUGUCAAUAUAUGAUGUCAAUGUAAAAAUCAAUAAAUAAAAAC